AUGGAAGCAAUUGCUAAACUGAUCAAAGCAUUGGAUUGGAACUGGAUUGGAGUAAUUUCAAGUAAUAGUGUCCAUGGGGAGUCUGCGUCACAUUUCCUGAAUACUUUUCUUGAACAGCAAAGGAUAUGUGUGAAUUUUUCUAAAUCCUUGCCUUUGUAUGUUGAUGAUCCUUCACUGGAGGAAAAACUUAAUGAUAUAAUUGAUACAAUUAACAGUUCUACUGCAAAUGUAGUGGUUGUUUUUGCAAAAGUACCGAUUGUCAAAAAACUUUUUGAAAAAGCUAUCAGUAGGAAUAUAAACAGGACCUGGAUUGCAGGUGACAGCAGGAUUUAUUCAAAAGAAAUUUCAAAUAUUAAAAACAUUGAGAAAGUUGGUACAAUUUUAGGAUUCAGUAUAAAGGUCGGUGCCAUUCCAGGAUUUAAUGAAUAUUUGGAAAAACUACAGCCACCAGAAUAUGGAACAAUAAAUAACUUUCUUAAAGAGUAUAAGGAAUUACGAUUUGGAUGUUCUGACCAGUACAAAAAAUAUAUUGAAUGCAUUAAUUCAUCUUCAACAAACUGUGGAUACAAUGAUUCUGUGCUGCAGAAAUCUCCUUUAGCAUGCAGAUUGGACAAUGUAUCUACUGCCAAUGAUGACUAUUUAUCGAAGAAUUUUGAUUGCAAUUUAGCAUACACCACAGCUCUGGCUGUAACGGCUGCAGCUCAAGCUCUAAAAAAUAUUGUGUGCAAAAAUAUAACUUGUGAAAAGGAUAUGAUAGUGUCACCACGUCAGGUAAGGUCAAUAUUUUGAAGAACAAUUAUGGCUAUAAAGCAACUUUAGCUAAUUAAGUGUUUUUUGUGUUUAGCUCAUGCCCAGCUGCUCAAUUCUCUACCAUUCAGGAGUUAAAUACAUUUGUUUAUGCAGUCCUAGCCAUACCUCUACUGGUGAAGACUCACACAGCCUCCAUACACACAUCCUUUAAAAAAAAAAAACAACAAAAAAAAAACAAUAGUCUAAAUUAUUUUAGCUUUCUUGUACAGUGUGCUGUCUUCUCCUGCUUGGUUAAUUGACUGCUCGAGCCUGUACCAGCCACCUCUGUGUAGUUAAAGUACCAUUAACAGAACAGGAAAAAAUAACUUUGAAAGGAAACACAGUAUGCUGUAAAAAAACAAAGAAACUAUUUUUCUUCAUGGAGGCUGUGUGAGGUAUAGCUAGGAGUACAUAAAUUAACAGGGUCAUAUUGGAAAAUUUCUCUAAGUCAAUUAUGCUUCCAUUUCAGCUACUUUGGCCCUAAAACCGAAAUUUAUUUGGAAUUCAGUUUGAAUUCUCACUUUAAUGAAUAAACGUGUAGAUGAUUUAACUCUGAAAAUGCAGAGAACUGAGCUGUGAGACUGCAGAGGCAUGAUCUAAACACUGUUGCAUUAAGCUUAGAGUUAUUUAUUAUUAUUAACAGAUAAUUAAUAAUAAUAGUUAUAUACAAAAGCUUACUGCAAGCCAUGUGAUUUUAACAGAGGUGAAUAUUAUGUUAAAGGGACAUUGUAGCCACUUAAACAACUUCAUCUAAUUAAAGUUAUUAUAGCAUCUCGAGUCCUGCCCCCCAUCCUAUCCCCAAAACCCAAUAUUAUACCAAUUAGAAGGGUUGGAAGCAUGGUUUUAAGUCAUGCCAAUAGACUCUCUGGGUACGAAAACUGGGACUCUUACUUCCUGGUUCUCAUACUGUUACAUACUGUGACGUGAUGUCACGGUUGGUCAUAGAGAAUUGUUGAGUACAAUGAUUCUCUGUGGAGGAAUUGUAGGUGCAUCACAGUGCUUUUUUUCCCCAAUGCUCCUCUAUGAGGAGCACUGGAUUGGCCCAUCAUCCUGGAGAAUGUUUACAAAGGCAAUUUUAGUCAGAAGUACCAGAAACAAUUAGAAACAAUAAGGAUUACUAUGACAUUCAAGAAAGGGUUAGUAAGAAGAGCUCUCUCUCAAUCUAAGACAUUCUGCGAGGUAUUCACUAAAAUAAAGAUGUUGGGAACUCAAAGUGAAUUUUAAAUACAAGUCCAAAAUAGCUGAGCUGGAAUCAUAGCUGUCUUGGUGAAUUUUUUUGAGUUAAGAAUUUAGCCUUAAAUUUUAAAUUCACUUUGAAUUCCCACAAUUCUCUCUGUAAAGUAUUGAUAGAGGUCAGGGAAAAAUAUGUCAGACAGAGCAUGUCUAGCACUGUUAUUUUUAAAUUAAACCAUAUCUCCCUGACAGACAAUAAAAAAGACAGCUUAAAAAGUUAGGUGUUACUUUUGUUUUCACAAUUUCUCAGUAUAUACAUACUUUUUAAUUUAGGCACAUACACAUUCUCUGAUAUGUUACAUAUAUAGUUGCAUAGUUACAGUUAUAUAGGCUGGAAAAAGACCUGUGUCCAGUUCAGCCUUUCUCACAUCUGCUUUUGCUGUGAUCCAAAAGAAGGCAAAAAAAAAACAAAACAGUACAAAGUACUUUCCAAUUUUACAACAAACUAGAAGAAAAUUUCUUCUCAACCCUAGAAUAGCAGUCAUAUUUUUUCCUUGAAAGGAGAAGCUGUUACCCACAUAUUUAAAAAAUAUAUGAUUAUAAUUAUAUCAAUAGAAAAAAACGAAAAGUUGAGUAGAGAGAUUGUCAGGUUGCCAAAAAUAUGUUGGGGGGUAACCCCUAAGGAAAAUAGAAAUAACUGAAGAUAGUACUAGUUAACCAGAAAGGGGGAGAAGGAAUACCACAGAGAAUAUCUCAUUCUCAACCCCCUAUCUGGAACUGGUACCUUAAAGGCAACCCAUGAGGAAAUUAAAUUAAAAUAUACCUUUUAAUAGAAAACAUUAAAAGAAGUGUCAAAAAUCAUUAUAACAAUAUAAGGCUAUAGUAAGCAGACCGUUGGUUAAGUGGUAUACAGACUGAAUUGCCUUUAGUAUAGUAGCAACAAAAGUGGAUUUAAUAGAGGAAAAAAAGAAAACUAAAUAGUAGAAAAUAGUUUCCACAAUUUGUUAGAUUGCAAACCUAUAGUAGGAAACCUCCGUUCUAAAUAGAAAGACCACCCCGGAGAUAAUAGAAUGAGAAAAGCUCCUCACUGUUGCAACAACCCCGUCCCAGUCGCUAAAGGACCUCUCUCAGCUGUCAACUGAAAUUCGUUUCUGAUUUCUAAUCUAAAUGCUGUAAUGGUGAGAGGGUCUGAUGUAUUUAACCCUCAAUCAGAUAAGCUUAAGACGAAAAAUUGCCAGUAGCUGAAUGUCCCUGCGGCUGGAGUACCUCUCGGUUGCAAACUAAAAGCCUCAAAUUAAAAUUAAGCUAGAGCUUUUUCUGGAGUGAUUUCUAUCUAAAGACAUAGUAUCUGUCCCUUGUCUAUCUCCACAGCUCGCUAUAAUGAAAAGGUCCCGACGCGCGUUUCGCCGUAACACGGCUCGUCCAGGGGAACCGGGUCAGGAAAAAGUAGUGGUUUAAAUAUCCCGCCCUCAGCUGCAAUUGGCUGGUACUUCCAUCAGCCGUUGCUGAGGGGGGAGGGACAAACCACAACGAAAAUUUAACCCUUUCUAGCCGGGUACAAAUAGGCAUAUCUAUUGUGAUAAUUAAGUUGUAUCAACAAUCUUAAACUCAAAUGGGACACAAAAGAACUAUUUUAAAGGUGAAGAAUACGUAUGUGUAAAUAAAUUAAUGAGUUUCUUAGGUUCUCCCUUCUCUUAGGGAGUGAUAAUCAUUAGAGACAUAGGGAAUCAUAGAGGUCAAUAAUUGAAGUUGAAGAAGUUUAAUUCUGAACUCUAUACGCUGAACUGCCAUAUUGGUGAUAAUUCUAGGAGUAACCUGAGGGAAAAGAAAAGAAAAUGAAAUAGUCACAAUGCUAUUAUAAUAUAAACCAAAAAAUGAUGAUGGUUGGUUUCCAAUUCUAACCACCUCUAUGUACCACCACAAAGUGGAUAGUCUUAGACCAGAAGUAAGUUCCUCUUCUUUUAGGAAUGAAUAAACGGGGUAAAAUUGAACUCUUCGUUGAGUCCUUUAGGAUACAAAGUCUGAAAGGAAUAGAUCCAGCGGGAUUCUGCCUUUAGUAAAGCUAUAUUGAUAUCACCUUUCCGGUGAUUCAAAGAAAGUUUUUGUAUCACCUGAAACUUUAAAACUCCAGGUUUAGAAGCGUGAUUGGUUCUUACAUGUUUCGAAAUUGGGGUUUCAAUACGUAAAUUUGUAAUUGAGUUGAUGUGCUGUAAGAUUCGUCUGCGUAAUUGUUGAUAUGUUUUGCCAAUGUACUGUAGUCCACAGUCACAAGUUAUAAUGUAAAUAACAUUGGUGGAACUACAGUUAACAAAGGCAUUAAUGGUUAUCCCUUUGGAUGUUCUUUUAUUAAAGACAGAUUUUGUGGGUUGAAUGAAAUUACAGGCUUUACAAUGGCCACAUUUGUAAAGGCCAAUCGUAGUCUGAAGCCAGGUAGACGUAGGAGUUAUAUUUGAAACAGGUUUAAAGUGACUGUGUGUUAGAAUGUCCCCUAGAUUGUUAGCUCGUCUAUAUGCCAUUGAAGGUUGUUUUGUAAUGGUAUUGGUCAGACUGGUAUCGUAUUGCAGUAACGGCCAAUUUCUACUGAAUAUUUGUUGUGCUGUGUUCCAGUAUUUAUCAAACGUGCCUAUAAAUCUAGUCACAGUGGGGGUAGUAGAAGGUUCUCUCGGUGGUCUAUGUAGACUCUCAGACCUAUCCACAAUUUUGGUUCUCUGAUAUGCUCUUUUUAGAAUUCUAUUUGGGUAGCCCAAUGACUUGAAUCUUGUUCUGAGCUCUCUGGCUUCCUUCUCAUAGUCCUCCUGGUUGGAGCAGUUUCUCUUGGCUCUAAGGUACUGGCCGUACGGUAUAUUCACCUUCAGAUGGUGUGGGUGAUAACUAUGCCAGUGCAGCAAACUAUUCGUUGCCGUUGGUUUCCUGUAUAAAGAGGUACUUAUAUCUCCAUUCUCGUGUAUGUUAAUGUUCAGGUCCAGAAAGACCAGAUGUUUCUCAUUUAUGACAUGAGUGAGUUGCAGGUUAAUAUCAUUAUAAUUAAGUUUUUCCACCAACUCUUCAAACUGUAAAAAAGAACCUGACCAAAAAAUUAGGAUAUCAUCUAUAUAACGAUACCAUUUGUGUAUAGAUGAAAUAUAGAGAAAAGGCAUAUUGGACACUAUGGUUUCCUCCCACCAUCCCAGAAAUAGAUUUGCAUAGCUGGGUGCACAAGAUGAUCCCAUGGCUGUGCCCCUUGUCUGUAAAUAAUAUUUCCCAUUAAAGGUAAAAUAAUUGUGUGUUAAAACAAAUCGAAGAAGGGCCAGAAUAAAAGCUUGUUCUUGUUCUUUAAAUGUCCCAGAUUUUUCCAAAAAAUAGGCUACUCCAGCUAGACCUUUUUCAUGUGGGAUGUUAUUAUAUAGUGCCACUACGUCAAGGCUGGCUAUUGACGUAUAUGGGGGCACCGUUAGGUUUUCUAAAACAAGGAGGGUCUGUUUGGUAUCCCGUAUAUAGGAGCUGAGUUUCUGUACCAUUGGUUUCAAUACUUUGUCAAGGAAUUUGCUUGCUUGUUCUGUCAGACUGUGAUUUCCAGAUAUAAUCGGUCUCCCAGGAGGUUUGCACAUGUCUUUGUGCACCUUGGGGAGACAAUAAAAUGUUGCUAUAGUUAUAUUGGAUUGUGUUACGAUAUAUCUGUAUUCAUUUUGGUUGAUUACUUUGUCUGUUAAAGCAGUUUGUGCAAGCUGUUGUAAUUCCUUGAAAAAGACCCUUGUGGGGUCCUCUUUUAGUAUUUGAUAGGCUGAUGUAUCAGAUAAGUGUGCCAUGCACAUGUCCAUAUACUGCUCACUUUGCAUGAGAACAAUGUUUCCCCCUUUAUCUGAAGAUUUUAUAAUAAUAUUGUCUUGUUGUUUCAGUUCCUGUAAAGCCAAUUUUUCUUCAUAUUUUAAAUUUGGUAAAGGAGAUUGUUGGGUAGUUUGAUUCUCUAAUUCGUUUGUACACAUCUGGACGAAUAGGUCAAUGCAUGGGAACUCUUUGAGGUUAGGAGUAAACCAGGAAGGUGGUUUCGAGUCAGUAAGGGAGUCACCAAGUUCUUGUUCAGAGGAAAGGUCUGACAGGAGUUGGAAAAUGUCACUGUCUUCUGAGGAGAGGCCUAAUUCUUUUAAAUUCUUAAGGUUUCUUUUCUCAUGAUAGGCAUGAAGGGCCAAUUUGCGUCCAAACAGGUUCACAUCUUUGGCCCAAUUAAACAUAUUUCUAGGGGGAGUUGGUAUAAAAGAUAGCCCUUUAGAAAGUAAUGAGAGAUGCCUAGGUUUCAACUCAAAGGUGGAUAGAUUAAUGAUUUUAUUUUCGUUCAUUGUAAUGUCUAUUGGUAAUUGGAUUGGUGCAUCUUGUAUCCCCAUUUUUUCCUGUCCCUUAGUCUUUCCCUUUGUGGUCGUGGCCAGUCCUGAUCUAAAAAAGUCGAAGCGGACUGGAUAGGACCAGAGGGACCAGGGAGACCUUCCCGUACGCAGGGAGGUUCAUCAUUAGGGGGAGCAGAGGUAUCUGAGAAAGAGAUAUUCCUCUCAGAGUUUCUCAGAAUCCCUCUGGGUUGAGCUACAGAGGCUGUUCGCAUUUGUCUGGACAUUGGUCUUUUAUUGAACCUAGGUCUACUUUCAGGUUCUGACCAUUCUGUUUCGUCUGAGGAGGAAAACCCCUUGUUCCCCAUGUUGGUGUUUCUCAGUCUCCGUUUAUUUUUAUUUUUAAAAAUAUUUCCCUCCUGGAAAUCCCUAUAGUCCCUUUGAAACUUGUAAUGUUUUUUCUGUCUUAUAUUCUUUUUGAAAUUUUCCAAGUUUUUUUGUAAUUUUGUUUCCAUAGCAGUAAAGAUAGGUUCUUUGUCAAAUAUUUUUAUCUUUUUAAUUUCUAUGUCUAGAACACCAUUAGUCUUAUCCAAAUUUUCUUGUUCUAGCUUUAUCAGAAACUGCAUAAUUUUAGCUGAGCAGUCUAACAGGAUUGAAUUCCACUCUGCAAUCUGUUCUUCAGAUUUUACUUUAUCUGGCAGUAAUAUAUCUGGUCUAAGACCUCUAGGUACCAAUUUUUGUUCCAAGUAGUGCCUAAGGCUAGUAAGUUCCCAAAAACCUUUUAAUUGAGUUUGGUAUAAUUUUUGUAUUGAGAAAAAGGCAUGAUUAAUAUCAGUAGAAUCAGUGCUAUUGUUUCCAAGUGGAUUAUUAGAAAAAACAUUAGCUACAUCUUCAGACCUUGAAUCUGGGUGGACAACUUGUCCCAAAAAGUCAGUCAUAUUUGCUUUAAUUUUUUUUAUUUUUUUAAAUGUAAUGAAGUAUUGAAUAUCUCACUAACUCAAAAUAUGGUAUUGAAACCUGCUGCAUAUAGAAAAAAACGAAAAGUUGAGUAGAGAGAUUGUCAGGUUGCCAAAAAUAUGUUGGGGGGUAACCCCUAAGGAAAAUAGAAAUAACUGAAGAUAGUACUAGUUAACCAGAAAGGGGGAGAAGGAAUACCACAGAGAAUAUCUCAUUCUCAACCCCCUAUCUGGAACUGGUACCUUAAAGGCAACCCAUGAGGAAAUUAAAUUAAAAUAUACCUUUUAAUAGAAAACAUUAAAAGAAGUGUCAAAAAUCAUUAUAACAAUAUAAGGCUAUAGUAAGCAGACCGUUGGUUAAGUGGUAUACAGACUGAAUUGCCUUUAGUAUAGUAGCAACAAAAGUGGAUUUAAUAGAGGAAAAAAAGAAAACUAAAUAGUAGAAAAUAGUUUCCACAAUUUGUUAGAUUGCAAACCUAUAGUAGGAAACCUCCGUUCUAAAUAGAAAGACCACCCCGGAGAUAAUAGAAUGAGAAAAGCUCCUCACUGUUGCAACAACCCCGUCCCAGUCGCUAAAGGACCUCUCUCAGCUGUCAACUGAAAUUCGUUUCUGAUUUCUAAUCUAAAUGCUGUAAUGGUGAGAGGGUCUGAUGUAUUUAACCCUCAAUCAGAUAAGCUUAAGACGAAAAAUUGCCAGUAGCUGAAUGUCCCUGCGGCUGGAGUACCUCUCGGUUGCAAACUAAAAGCCUCAAAUUAAAAUUAAGCUAGAGCUUUUUCUGGAGUGAUUUCUAUCUAAAGACAUAGUAUCUGUCCCUUGUCUAUCUCCACAGCUCGCUAUAAUGAAAAGGUCCCGACGCGCGUUUCGCCGUAACACGGCUCGUCCAGGGGAACCGGGUCAGGAAAAAGUAGUGGUUUAAAUAUCCCGCCCUCAGCUGCAAUUGGCUGGUACUUCCAUCAGCCGUUGCUGAGGGGGGAGGGACAAACCACAACGAAAAUUUAACCCUUUCUAUCCGGGUACAAAUAGGCAUAUCUAUUGUGAUAAUUAAGUUGUAUCAACAAUCUUAAACUCAAAUGGGACACAAAAGAACUAUUUUAAAGGUGAAGAAUACAUAUGUGUAAAUAAAUUAAUGAGUUUCUUAGGUUCUCCCUUCUCUUAGGGAGUGAUAAUCAUUAGAGACAUAGGGAAUCAUAGAGGUCAAUAAUUGAAGUUGAAGAAGUUUAAUUCUGAACUCUAUACGCUGAACUGCCAUAUUGGUGAUAAUUCUAGGAGUAACCUGAGGGAAAAGAAAAGAAAAUGAAAUAGUCACAAUGCUAUUAUAAUAUAAACCAAAAAAUGAUGAUGGUUGGUUUCCAAUUCUAACCACCUCUAUGUACCACCACAAAGUGGAUAGUCUUAGACCAGAAGUAAGUUCCUCUUCUUUUAGGAAUGAAUAAACGGGGUAAAAUUGAACUCUUCGUUGAGUCCUUUAGGAUACAAAGUCUGAAAGGAAUAGAUCCAGCGGGAUCUAUUCUCCAUUCUCGUGUAUGUUAAUGUUCAGGUCCAGAAAGACCAGAUGUUUCUCAUUUAUGACAUGAGUGAGUUGCAGGUUAAUAUCAUUAUAAUUAAGUUUUUCCACCAACUCUUCAAAUAUAACUCCUACGUCUACCUGGCUUCAGACUACGAAUGGCCUUUACAAAUGUGGCCAUUGUAAAGCCUGUAAUUUCAUUCAACCCACAAAAUCUGUCUUUAAUAAAAGAACAUCCAAAGGGAUAACCAUUAAUGCCUUUGUUAACUGUAGUUCCACCAAUGUUAUUUACAUUAUAACUUGUGACUGUGGACUACAGUACAUUGGCAAAACAUAUCAACAAUUACGCAGACGAAUCUUACAGCACAUCAACUCAAUUACAAAUUUACGUAUUGAAACCCCAAUUUCGAAACAUGUAAGAACCAAUCACGCUUCUAAACCUGGAGUUUUAAAGUUUCAGGUGAUACAAAAACUUUCUUUGAAUCACCGGAAAGGUGAUAUCAAUAUAGCUUUACUAAAGGCAGAAUCCCGCUGGAUCUAUUCCUUUCAGACUUUGUAUCCUAAAGGACUCAACGAAGAGUUCAAUUUUACCCCGUUUAUUCAUUCCUAAAAGAAGAGGAACUUACUUCUGGUCUAAGACUAUCCACUUUGUGGUGGUACAUAGAGGUGGUUAGAAUUGGAAACCAACCAUCAUCAUUUUUUGGUUUAUAUUAUAAUAGCAUUGUGACUAUUUCAUUUUCUUUUCUUUUCCCUCAGGUUACUCCUAGAAUUAUCACCAAUAUGGCAGUUCAGCGUAUAGAGUUCAGAAUUAAACUUCUUCAACUUCAAUUAUUGACCUCUAUGAUUCCCUAUGUCUCUAAUGAUUAUCACUCCCUAAGAGAAGGGAGAACCUAAGAAACUCAUUAAUUUAUUUACACAUACGUAUUCUUCACCUUUAAAAUAGUUCUUUUGUGUCCCAUUUGAGUUUAAGAUUGUUGAUACAACUUAAUUAUCACAAUAGAUAUGCCUAUUUGUACCCGGCUAGAAAGGGUUAAAUUUUCGUUGUGGUUUGUCCCUCCCCCCUCAGCAACGGCUGAUGGAAGUACCAGCCAAUUGCAGCUGAGGGCGGGAUAUUUAAACCACUACUUUUUCCUGACCCGGUUCCCCUGGACGAGCCGUGUUACGGCGAAACGCGCGUCGGGACCUUUUCAUUAUAGCGAGCUGUGGAGAUAGACAAGGGACAGAUACUAUGUCUUUAGAUAGAAAUCACUCCAGAAAAAGCUCUAGCUUAAUUUUAAUUUGAGGCUUUUAGUUUGCAACCGAGAGGUACUCCAGCCGCAGGGACAUUCAGCUACUGGCAAUUUUUCGUCUUAAGCUUAUCUGAUUGAGGGUUAAAUACAUCAGACCCUCUCACCAUUACAGCAUUUAGAUUAGAAAUCAGAAACGAAUUUCAGUUGACAGCUGAGAGAGGUCCUUUAGCGACUGGGACGGGGUUGUUGCAACAGUGAGGAGCUUUUCUCAUUCUAUUAUCUCCGGGGUGGUCUUUCUAUUUAGAACGGAGGUUUCCUACUAUAGGUUUGCAAUCUAACAAAUUGUGGAAACUAUUUUCUACUAUUUAGUUUUCUUUUUUUCCUCUAUUAAAUCCACUUUUGUUGCUACUAUACUAAAGGCAAUUCAGUCUGUAUACCACUUAACCAACGGUCUGCUUACUAUAGCCUUAUAUUGUUAUAAUGAUUUUUGACACUUCUUUUAAUGUUUUCUAUUAAAAGGUAUAUUUUAAUUUAAUUUCCUCAUGGGUUGCCUUUAAGGUACCAGUUCCAGAUAGGGGGUUGAGAAUGAGAUAUUCUCUGUGGUAUUCCUUCUCCCCCUUUCUGGUUAACUAGUACUAUCUUCAGUUAUUUCUAAUUAUAUCAAUAUACAUAUCUGUACAGGCUCUUCAGGCUCUUACAGUGAAAGGCCCUUUCCUUUGCCUUAUACUAAAUUUCCUUUCCUAGAUUUAAAUUUCCUAGAUGGGCGACCUCGUGUCCUAUGUAUAGUCUUGUUUAUGAACCAAAAGAUGGUUUGUUAUGGCCCUGAAUAUAGUUGUAUAAUUCUACAAUAGCCUCUCUGGGCACUGUUUUUCUAAUCUAAACAAAUUUAAAAAUGUUAAGCGUUCUACAUAACUAAAAUCUUCCAUUCCUCUUAUUAGUUUUGUAUGCCACCACUGCACUUUUUAUAGUGCUAUUAUAUCCUUUUUUUUUUUAGAACCGAUGACCAAAAUUGCAUUGGAUUUUUCAUGUGUGUCUUGAUUUAUAAAGAGGUAUUGUUCUUUUUUUCAUCUCAAUAAUGAAUGUCCUUUUUAUGGAUUCAGAUAUCUUACUGGCCUGAGCAACAGCUGAUUGACAUUGCACAUUGUUGCCUAGUUUACAGCCUAUAAGAAUUCCUAAAUCCUUCUCAUGUGUUGCUAUCCCUAAUUCACUACCAUUUAGGGUUUACGUUGCUUGUGCAUUCUUCACACAGAAAUGCAUUACUUUGCAUUUAUCAAAAUUAAAAUUAAUCUACCAUGUGAAUGCCCAGUUGCCUAAUCUAUCUAAAUCCCUGUGCAGCAAAGUAAUAUCCUGCUCACAUUGUAUUAUUUUACAGAGUUUGUGUAAUUUGCAAAACACUUGAACAUGACUUUCAAUACCUAUUUCAAGAUCAUUUUUUAAAUAUGUUGAAUGGAAGUGAUCCCAGAAUAGACCCAUGGAGGAUACCACUUACCAUGAUUGUCAAGUUUUAAAAUUUACCAUUAAUGACAACUCCUUUGUACUCUAUCUUUAAGUCAAUGUUCUACCCAAAAACAAGAAAUUUCAUCUAGACUCCUAAGUUGUUUUAGUUUGAACACUAUCCUAUUACGUGGAACUGAACCAAAUAGUUUGCAAAAUCCAAGCAGAUCACAUCUACUGCAACACUCUGAUCUAUAUUUCUACGUAGAAUGCAAUUAAGUUUGUUUGACAUCCUUGUUUUAUGAAUCUAUGUUUCAUGAAACCAUGCUGAUUUCUGCUAAUGCUAACCCCUUAUCCAACCUUCAAAUACUUUAUCAGUCACAUAAGUCAAGCUCACAGGUCUAUAAUUUCCAGGAAAAAUGGUGAACCUUUUUGAAUAUAGAAACCACUGCCUUCCUUCAAUCUUCUGGUACAAUUCCUGAAUGAAAAGAAUCCUGAAAGAAUUAAAAAGAGAGGUUAGCCUUUUUCCCCGCACUUAGCUCCUUAUGUGCUCAUGGGUGAAUACUAUCAGGCCCUGUAAAUUUGUUUCUAUUAACUUUCUUUAGUUGCACCUUGUCUUGAGUCAUCCAAUAAUAAUUUCUUAGCAAGUUUUUUUCUUUCUUUCUUGGCUUCCCUUCCCACUAAGCCACAUUGGUUUCAAUUUGUUCCUUUUACAUUUUCUACCCAAUGGUGUAUACUGAUAAUUGUUCAUUUCUAAUAUUUGUUUGAUUUUUUUUUUUUUUUUUACAAUGUUUGUAAGUGCAUCAGUAGGGGCAAUAAGAUGGGCAGAGAAGACAGACCAAAUGGGGACAGGGCUAGGACAAACGGGAUCAGACAAGAUGCUAGGAAGGGAUAGUAGAAGGUCCAGGAGCCUGCAUUAACACAGUCUGAAUCAGCACAGAGAGAGCUGCAGAGCACACAGAUUUUUAUUGUUGAAGAGCUGGAAAAUGGGUGGCUGAACUUCACCCACAAAUACUAUUUUGCAAUGUUAAGACUGUACUAGAGAGCUAAAGUAACUUAUUUCACAAAAAUAAUUCUAAACGGCCAGCAAAUUGCUUCAAGUGACAUAUUGAAAGAAGGUUAAGAAUGUGUCAGUAGUGUAGGAAUCAACAAGAGGACAGUUGGAUCCCACACAACAAUGUUGGAAUGACUUCAGAAGAACCAUUUAAACAAAAUGGAAGAGUGAGCCUGCACAUGAAAGCAACGAGAAGAGGACCACCGGUAGAAAUAAUGUUUCACACUUAAGAUGAGAUUAUUUACUGACAGAGGAUCAUGCAAGCUUUGGAAGAGCUUCCUGGUGUCAUAGAUUCCAUAGAUACGAGUACAACCCAUGGAAGCAGUAAGUUCACUAUAAAACAUCACUUACAUUAAAUCUUUCUCAUUUCAAGCUGUCCUUCACUUUUACACUUAGAAUGUUCUCUCUUUCUGCUCCCAAACCUUCAAAUAUAUUCUUCUUUGUUGCAUAAAACCACUAAGGAUGUUGUCAUAUGUGUUAGGACAAGGAAAAUUUACUCAUGAUUACCAUAACUGGUAGAAUGUGCAAUUUGGUUGCAUGUCAUACACACACUAUAUAGGACACAAAAAGCAAAAGAAGCCAAAAAAAAAGCUUUUGUCAAGGUUCCAAAGUUGCAAAUGUAAAGGCAAGCCUAAAUUAGGAACCAUGUGUUGCCAUAAGUAACUGCUUUAAGAAGACACUUAUGUAUAAAUAAGUAUAAAUUCCAUUCUCAAGAUUGAUGUAACUAGAAGUGAGAUGUCUGUAAAAAGUGACAUUCUCAGGAUACACAUAUACACAUUCUGUUGCUUUGCAAAUAUAUAGAGCAGAUAUAAAAAUAUAAAGAGCAGAUAUAAAAAUAUAUAGAGCAGAUAUAAAAUAAAUAAUAAUUUACAACCAAAGCACUCUCACAGCAGGGUGCAAAAAUAUCCAUCCUUUAAUGUUCAGCUUUCCUUGACAAAAAUAUGGUAUAUGUAAAGUAAAAUAAAAAUUACAAAAAAAGGUUUUCCAAAAAUCACAAAAUAGGCAGAUACAGAAGAUACACUAGCACCUAAUGACUAUAGGGAAAAACGGGACAGACUACAUACCAAACCUGAGUAUCACAUCUCCCUGGAUGCUUCAUCAGCACCUAUAUAUCACCAACUCAAAAUUUGUGCGUAAAUACAUUCAAACACAUACAAAACAUAAUUAAAGAACAAAUUAACCUCAUGUUAAGGGUUUAAUACAAGUGUAUUCAGCAUGGAUUAAAAAGCAUGUUACAAAGGAAAACAUUACCAAAUUCACAUUGAUUCCUAAAACUGGAAUGUCUCUUUGUUGCCAUGAUUGACUGUCAGAGCCGGCCCAAGACAUUGUGCUGCCUGGGUCAAAGGAUGAAAUGUUGCCCCCCCCCACACCACCCUUGCACACAUCCAGGAAAUACAGUGUGUGUAUUGUAUGCAGUGUGUAUAGGGAAUGCAGAGAACAGGAUACAGAGUGUGUGUGUAGUGAAUGCAGUGUUUAGUGGAUGCAGUGUAUGUGUGAGUGCAGUGUAGUGGGUGCAGUGUCGGUGUUUGUGCAGUGGAUGCAGUAUAGUGGGUGCAGUGUCUGUGUAGUGAGUGCAUUGUCUGUUAGUGUAGUGGGUGCAUUGUCUGUGUAGUUCAUGCAGUGUAGUGUGUGCAGUGUCUGUGUUUGUAUAUUGUGUGAAGUGUAGUGCAAAGAGUGCGUGUAGUGUAGUAGAUGCAGUGUAUGUGUGUAGUGUAUAUAGUGUGUAUAGUGAAUGUAGUGUGUGUAGUGGAUGCAGUGCAUGUGUGUAGUGUUUGUAGUGGAUGCAGUUUUUUGUCUGUGUGUUUAUAGCCGUAAUCGUUUUAUAUAUAUAUAUAUAUAUAUAUAUACAUACAUAGGCGGCCCAGGCCCCACAGCAGGCACAUUACAGUGUACAGAGGUGACACAAUGCCGUCAUUGUAAAAGUGCCACCUGGAGCCAUACCUGCAAAAAAAGCAACAUGUAUGGAAUAAAUGAUUUAUCAACAUUGCCAGCAAAGGGAUUAUUUAUCUAAUAACAUUUUAUUGUUGUAAAUCACGAUAUGUUGGUAGAACAAAGUAUUGAAUCAAUUAAUGUCAACAAAACACCAGUUUCAAGGCAAAGAAUAUGUAGAUGGAGAUUUAUCUAAUUUUGUUGUGCAAGGUAUUGAAAAAUGUAGACUUGGACUCAGAUCUUCCCCUUAUAGAGCAGAGGAAUUUAGAUUGGAUUUGUGUCCAUCAAUUAGGUUGAAUUUAUAUCAGUUGUAAUUAUAUAAAUGUGGAGAUCUAUUUGGAUUUGGUGUAUUUCUAGUACAUGGAUUUUGAUUUUAAAUGUAUUACAUUGAUUUUCAGUUUUCACAUAUGUAAUCUUAAUACUAGAAAUUUAACCAGUUUACCAUAAAAACUUGCAUUAUAAUGAUAAAGUAAAGGCAGUUCGUCCAAAACAUUUACACAUUUAGGAAAUAAUAUAUUAAGGUAUUGUUGAUUAGAAUAGUUAUAUUUGAGAUAUUGUCCAUGCAAUUGGGAUCUGGGCGUUUGGAUGCUUCUUAUAGAGAAACAAUUAAUCCCAGACAGUUUGUGUCAUCAUUUCAUUGUUUUAAAGCAUGGGUGCCCACAUGGUAGAUCCCCAGAUGUUUUAAAACUACAGCUUACAUGAUCCUUUGUCAUUCUAAGGGAAUUCUAAAGGCUUGCAAAGCAUCAGGGGAAUUGUAGUACUACAACAUCUAAGGAUCUGCCUUUUGUGCACCCCUGUUUUGAAGGGUCAGUCUAAAGACCAGAACCACUACUGCACCAAUUUUAAUCAAUAUUUUGAAUUCAUUUGGGCAAUUGUUGCCGAUUUGUUUGGGGUCGACCAUAUUCCAAACACAUUUGGCUUUUGUAAAUAUGAAUAUAACAAUUGCCGAUUAUUUGAAUUUAAACGAGAAGAUGUUAUUAAGACAAAUCAAUAUGGACACAUCUGAAUACUCAUUGUAAUAUUAUAAACUUACAAAGGUUUAGCGAUCUCUUCUUCCCUCCCGGGCACCCACGGUGCUCUAAUUUGAACUUAUAAAUUAUGGAACAUAUCAUACCCAUAGCACCUUCUGUUGUUGAUUACUGUAGGUUGAUUCUGUUGUUAUGUAAGUCUAUGGCACUGUGAAAUAGAAUGUAAAGUUACUGACUACAACUUUCUUCAGCUACAUGAGACUGAAGGGAAAUUGGAAGUACUACACAUAUUAAUGUGAGCGAAAUGAAAAUAAAUUCAGAGUUCUUCCUCUCUCUCUUCUUAAGAAUUACCAAUAUGUGUAUGUAUGUAUGUACUUUGUCUUUUAUCAGGACUUUCAAGAAACGUAAAUUUUUUUUUACAAAUUAAUACUGUUAUGUCCCAACAUUGAUAUUUCUGAUUGUAUUUGUUAUAUAUUUAAAAUUAAUAAAAAAAAUUUAAGAAAAAAAAAAGAAUUGCCAAUGAUGUUGGAAUUUUGUAAUUUUCACCAGAUUUUGUCUAUCUGGACAAAAUACCAUGUUCACUGAUUAAUGCCGACAAUAUUGAGAUUGUAAUAUAAACACAAAAGAUAAAUGAGCUAAACUCAUCACAUGGUUUUCGGGACUACUUAAGUAAACUUAUGUUCUUUAGCAAGCAAAAAGAGGAAUUAAAACAGUAGUUCGCAACACUUGCACAGACCCAAAGGCUUAAUAACAAAAUGUACUAAACAAGGGCAGAAGAGAAAUAACAGUCUCUAGCAUGGAGGUUCAUGUCUCAGUUCUACCAAAUGCACAACAUCUCUGCCACACUUUGAGACUUGGCAAGUUAACAAUGUAUCAUGACAAGGUACUCCAAAUGCUUUGAUGAGUAUUUUCAUCUCUAGAUGGGAGAUGUUGGUCAAACCAUUGUCAAUGAAUAAAUUUUCCCAGAUGACAAGCACCUAAACAUAGAUUUAAUGCCAUGCUUUCAGAGAAUCAAAGAGGCCCGAUAAGUAUAAAAUUAAAAUAUAUUUCAUGCAGUGAACAUGAAAUAUAGUGAGUGAGUGGAGCUGCUCAAAUGCUCAUGCUGUUAGGGAACUCAAGUUAAAGCAUUGUUACGUGUCUUUGCAUUAUAAGGCAUAUAAUUAAGUAUCAAUAUGUAUGUGUAGCAAGCUCAGUAGACAUUUUAAAAGUUAAGAUACUGAUAUCUCAAUCUAUAAUGUAUUGAUUUGGGCUAUAAGGAUAGAAGAUAAACAAUAAUAGUGUAGUAAUAUCUCCUUUUCUUUUUGUCUCCCCAAUAGCAAAAUCUCAACACAAACUAUUUCCAUCCAUGAUAUAUAGAUCAGAAAAUUGUAGCAGUAGCCAGUACAGUUCAGCCGGUGCUCACUCGCUGAUACUGACACGGUGUUCCUGUCCUUCCACAAGUGUGGCAUGGCAGGAAGAACAGAGAACUACAAGAGAGAUGCUGUAACCUCAACAAAUUGCUCAAGGAUGGCUGCAAAGUUAUGAGGCAAGUACUGAAUGGAUGCAGAGAUAGCUUAGAGCAGUUUUGAGUCAAGAAUGGAUAAUGAUACCAAGCCACGUGAUGCCUCUUAUCUCUCCUUACCACUCUGUGCCUAUGGAGUCAAGUUCAGCCUACAGCAAGCAGCUCCUUCCAGCAGAUAUGUAUUUAGCCACCACAGUCUACAUCAGGCAGAUACCAAGGCAACAAAAGCCUCAAACUGUAGCAUAUGUUUCCUCUCUUGCCCAUACUCCUACAGUGCCUUCAUCUGUGGCAGAGGGUGAAUGAAGCAUAGACCUGAUAGAAGGAGAUGGUGACAAUGUUAUCUUAUCUUCAACCACAUCUCAUUCAUAUCUCAACUCUCUAAUGAACAUAAUGAACAUGAACUAAAUCACCACAUCAUCAGAUAAAACAGGAGAAAGGAAGUGAUAUCAAUGACUGGCUUACCAACAAAACUACAAUGCUGGGACAUAUUAAUUUCACAAUGAUGGAUUAUCUGCUAAAGUUCUAGAAUGGAAUAUAUGAACAGUGGUGGUUCUAGACUUUGUGAUGCCUUUGGCAAAACUCAACAUUCUUUUACCCAAAGUAAAAACAUAUAGGGGUUGCAUUGUGUAUAUAUAAGGAGCUGCAGUUAUAUUGAAGGGCGGCUUGCAGUGCUGGAUACAGAGAGAUGUAAUAGCGCGACUGGGCCCCUUUAAAAAAAACAAAAAAGCAGCAGCAGCAAGUGAUGCUGGGAGGAAGUGGCCGUCACUACCUUCCUCCCAGCUCACUCCACGCGGGAGGAGGGCGCGCCCGGCAGUGAAGAGGUAGAGCCAGCCGACUACUCCCAUCAUGUAAUGCUUGCAUUUGACUGCAGGUGUGCUUAAAUGUAAUGUUAGCUUUUAGAUGCUGAUGUACAUUUGUGUGUAGUAUUGGUGUUUGAGUGGAGGGGUGUGUUUGUAUAUAAUUUUGGAGUUUGAUGGCAGGGGUGUGUUUGUAUGUAAUAUUUGUGUUAGAUUUCAGGAAUGUGUUUGUAUGUUGUGCUGGUGUUUGAUUGCUUGGAUGUAUGCACAUACACUGCCACAUACAUACUUGCACAGAUAUACAUAAACAUUAACACACAGAAACAUAUAAAUACACUGACACAUACACACAAAUUCAUAUUGACACUGAUACACACACACAUAGAUACACACACACACACCUUGACAUACGCAUACACCAACAUACACACACAAAGGCACACCCUGACACACAGAUACACACACUGACACACAUAUACAUAUACACAGAUGCACAUCCUGACACACAGAUGUGUGCGCACACACACUGGCACAUAGAUACAUACGCUGACAUAAAUACACAAAAACACACAUGCACACACCCUGACAAACAGAUACACACAUUAACAUAUACACACAGAUUAUAUACACACACAAACAGAUGUGCACACAUAGGUGCACACACACACAAUCUGACAUACACUUAAGCACAAAUAUGUGAUAUUGUUUUAUAUCUACAGCCAUCCUCCUGUUAGCUUACCUUGUGUGUCCAGGAGGGUGGCUUGCUUGUAGUUCUGUUCCUGCUGCUGGCUGGUGAAAGUGAGACGUCUGGAGCAGUUCUUCUUGCUCCUUCUCAUCUCCCCUUCCCACAUGCUGCCUGUCAGGAUUACAGGUUGAUCCAGCACAUAGAGCUGUAUCACACUUAGGACUAACAGGUAAUGUUUUACCAGGCCUUAGAAUGGCUGGACUUAACAUACCAGAGAAUAGUCAGAAUACUUGCCGAGGUUGGGGACACAGAAUGAAACACUACGAUGAGGGAAAGCCAAUAGUUAGGGAUACCAGAAAACAGGGAAGACAAACGAAGCCAAAGUCAGUAACCAGAAAUAAACUUCUGGACAACCACUAGGGAAACCACGAUAGGACAAUGAGGAAAAGUAGAAAUGCAUUUAAAUAAGCCUUUUACACUUCUGAUUGAAAUCAGCCUCUGACCGCAGAAUGUGCGCGCGUGUCUCCUGCGUGAUGUCACACGCAUGGUGAUGUCCUUAUUACCGCGGGCGGAUGUGGGGCUAUAAUUUGGCGUGGAUCCCCCGUGGCCAGAGUCCAUCAACAUGUUGCAGCAUUCAGGUACACUGACGCAUGGCCGCUGAGCGGAGAUACUGUAAGGUGAGGCUGAAUAUGUUACAUUACCCCCCAACUGAAAACCACCCACCAGGCAGGCAGGACCCAGCUUGAGGGGAAACUUGGAGUGGAAAUAACGAAUCUUGCGACCAGCAUGAAUAUCUGAGGCCAGAACCCAAGAACGUUCAGCAGGCCCAUAUCCCUUCCAAUCAACCAAAUACUGUAAUGAACCUGGAAUCAAUUAUGGAAGGGACUUUAUACUCCUCCUGUCCAGAAACAACCAAUGGGGGUGAUGGAACAGUUGGGACAGUUGCAAAUAAGUGGUUUGCGCAAAGAAACAUGAAAUGUAUUAGGAAUACGUAAAGAGGCCGGGAGAGCCAAAGAAUAAGAAACAGGAUUAAUUCUACGAAGGAUAAGAAAUGGACCAAGGAAUCUGGGAGCAAACUUCAUGCUAGGAACUUUAAGUUUGAUGUUGGGCAAUGAUAACCACACCCUCUCACCCACUUGGUAAACAGGGUUGGCACCCCACAGUUUAUCAGCAUGAAAUUUGAAACGAUCAGCCGCAGUACUUUGAACGGAGUGAACUUUUGUCCAAGUAUCACAAAUUGAGGCAAGGUGAUCAUCCAAAGCAAGGAUAGUUGUGUCAGAGAAAACAGCCGGCAGAACCGUAGGAUGAUGAACGUUAUUAACAAAGAAAGGACUACCAAAAGAGUCCUGGGUAGCAUUGUUCCUAGCAAACUCGGACCAGGGAAGUAAUUCAGGCCAAUUAUCCUGAGUGCUAUUAACAAAACAACGCAAAUAUAAUUCCAAUGAUUGGUUAGCCCUCUCAGCUGUGCCAUUGGUUUGGGGAUGGUAAGAGGAAGAAAAAGACAAUGCCCAACUGCUUAUGGAAAGCCUUCCAAAACCGGGACAAAAACUGAGAACCUCUGUCAGAUACAAUAUUUGUGUGUUAAUUCUUAGGGUUUCUAUGGAUGUGUUCCAGUUUUCCCAGGCAAUUUUCCAUAUCUUGUUUUUUUGGUUGGCCACCUUUCUGGCUGCGCAUUCGUAUGUCUUAUUUUGUUCUAUUUGUUGAGUGCAUUCUUGAAUUGUUGGGGCCAUUGUGGAUCUCCAUGCCCUACUGAUUAGCAUUAGUGCUGCUAUAGAGAUCUGGUAGGUGAGAUAUGCCGUGGCUGGUGUAGUUUCGGGGGGUAUUUAUGAAGGAGGUAUAUUUCUGGGGCUUUGGGGAGUUUAAAUCCGUUACUGUUGAUACUAGCUUAGCUACUUCUUUCCAAUAGGUGGAUAAUCGUGUGCAGGUCCACCAAAUGUGGAGCAUGUCGCCUUUAGCUUCCAGACAUCUCCAGCAGCGAUCUGAUACUGCGGGGAACAUUUUAUGUAAUUUUGUUGGGACUAAAUACCAUCUGUACAAAAUCUUUUUGGUCAGUUCUAUGUGUGAAGAGCAUAACAUGUAUUUUUUUUGAGUGUUAAAUAGUUUUUCCCAUUCUGUGUCUGGAUAGGUGAGUUUUAGGUCCUUCUCCCAGUUUUGCACAAACGUUAGGCUUUUGCUAUGUGCUCCUGAGUUUAGGCAGUCGUAUAUCAGGGAGAAUGAUUUUUUGUUUGGCAUUUUUGCUGUUAGCGAUCGUUCGAAGCUCGUCAGCCGUUGCUCAUUUACAAGUUUUAUUGCUGGCAGGUAAUGUUUUAGGAGCAAUGCUCUUAUUUGCAGAUAUGCAUAUUCAGCUGUGUUUGGUAAGCUAUAUUGUUUUUGUAAAUCUUGGAAGGUUUUGAUAUUUUUCCCUUGUACAAUUUGUGCAAAGUGGUAUAUGUGGUGUUUUUCCCAUAUAUGGGAGUUGAAGUUUGGAAUCAGCGACUGUAAUCGUCUUCGCUGGUGAGUAAGCUUGUGUCAUACAUAGUUUCGCUCUAUGGGUGUCCCAGAUGUGUUUUGUUAGAGCGGUCGUGGGUAACAUCUUUAGGUUUUUGGGUUUGCUGUGUUGUGGAAUCCACAUAAGUGAUAAGAAAUGAUGUCCCGGAGUGGCUGCUGAUUCUAAAGUCACCCACUGUGGUUAAUGUUCUUGUGUUUGUGCUAUAUCUAUAGGGUUAAUGUUUGCCGCGUGGUAGUAUUGGCGUAUACUGGGAAGGCUCAUGCCUCCUUUCUUGUGGUGUCUGUACAUUGUUGAAUUGGCUAGUCUUGGUCUCUUAUCUGCCCAUAUGAAUUUGUUCAGUAUAUGUUGAUUUUCUGUGCAGUAGGAUUGUGGUAUUCGGAUUGGUAAUGUCCCAAAGAGGUAUUGGUAUUUGGGUAGGACUACCAUUUUUAUUGCAGCCACCCGGCCUGUCCAGGAAAUGUAUUUUUUGUGCCAUCCCUGGAGAAGUGAUUGAACUUGUGUCUGUAGUGUUGUAUAGUUGGCCUUAAAAAGUUGUUGCACUGAUUGCGUGAAUUUUAUCCCUAGGAAAGUGAGUUGGUCCGUACGCCAGUCAUAUUUAAAUUCUGAUUUUAGGGCUUUUGUAUCUGCGUUAGUGAGGUUAAUGCCCAUGGCUUGCGUCUUAGCCACAUUCAAUUUAUAAUAUGAGUGUUUACUAUAGUCUUCUAGCGUUGAUGUGAUUUCUUGUAGCGAGAUUUUGGGGUCUGUCAGGGUAAGGAGAAUGUCGUCAGCAAACAACGUAAGUUUAUAUUCAUUUUUGUGGAUUUUUAUGCCUUGUAUCCGUGGAUUAUUUCGGAUCAGGGCGGUGAGUGGUUCCAGUGCUAAAAUAUACAAUAAGGGGGAUAGGGGGCAGCCCUGUCUCGAACCAUUGGUUAUGUUGAAUGAUUGAGAAAGAAACCCACCUGUAUUGACUUUCGCAGCGGGGUUACUGUAGAGUGUUUUUACUGCGUUUAAGAAUUGUGUUGGGAAGCAGAAUUUGUGUAGCACCCCGAGGAGGAAGGGCCAGUUGAGCCUAUCAAACGCUUUUUCUGCGUCCAAAGACAGGAAUAUGCUGCCACCCCCUCCCCGGAGGCUGUGCAUUAGAUCCAGCACCUUCCUAGUUCCAUCCGCUCCCUGUCGCCCUCUAGUGAAGCCCACUUGAUCGUCGUGUACUAUUGUUGGUAUAAUAGCGGCCAGUCUGUUAGAAAAAGUUUUUGCAAAAAUCUUGAUGUCCGUGUUUAAUAGUGAUAUGAAGAUUUUGCCCUUUUACUGGGGGUUUGCCUGGUUUUGGCAGAGCGGCGAUGUGCGCCAUUAGCAUUUCUUGUGGUGUUUGUCCUGAUAUUAACAUAGCUUGAAACGCUGCAUUUAGGGGGUGGCUUAAUGUGCUGGAGUACGUUUUGUAGUAAGAAUUUGGGAGCCCGUCGGGUCCUGGGGCCUUGCCAGACAGUAGUGCAUCAAUUGUGGAUGUUAUUUCUUACAUUGUGAUGGGAUUUUGGAGUGUGUAUUGUUGGUCUGGGGAUAGGUUUGGUAGGUGCACCUGAGAGAGGAAAUUGUUUAUCUCUACUGUUGUCGGUUGGUGAAUGGUUGCGUCAUGUUUAAGGUUAUAUAAUGUAGAGUAAUAUUGUGCUAGUUCGUCAGCUAUAUGUUGUGGGUUGUAUAUUUUCUGGUUGAAGGAAAUAUGGGAUUUUUUGGUUUUGUAGUUGUUGUCUAAUUCUGGAUGCCAAUAAUUUACCAGCUUUGUUGCCUUGAGCAUAUUCCCUUAUCUUAAAUUUCUGUUGUAUGUACAUCGUUUUGUUUACAUGCCAGUCAUUGAUCAAUUUUUGUGUUUGGUUUAUGGUGGUUUGCAGGGUUGAUGUCGGGGAGAGAAAGUGUUGUGUGGUGGCAUCUCUCAGUUGUCUUAAUAGUGAUAGAAGUUGAGCUUGAGAAGUUUUCAUACCUCAAAUUCCGAUAAUAGUUUAGUGAUGGCUGUGCAUUGCUUGUGUAACAUUUUAUUUCUGAGUGUCUGUGGUACGGCUGUUGUGUCCCUAUCUUGGUCAAUCAUAUGGUUGAACUCCCCGCAUAUGACGAGCUGUGUUGACCUGAAGGGGUCUAGUUUCAUGAGUAUUUUAUGCAGAAAGUUCCUCUGGUUAGUGUUGGGGCUGUAUACGUUUGCUAUGGUAUAUUUAAUGUUGUUUAUGUUGCAUAAUAGUAUUAUGUAUCGUCCUUGGUUGUCUGUUGUUAGUUUUAGUAGUUCGAAGGUCUGCGAUUUAUGUAUCAAAAUUGAUACCCCUCUAGCUUUCGAUGUAUGCGUUGCGUGGUAUUUUAUUGGGUAAUCUUUGAUACCAAAGGUAGGGACUUUGGUUUUGACAAAGUGCGUCUCUUGGAGACACACUACGUCAGCGUGAGACGUUUUUGCGUCUUUGAGUAGCAUUCUUCGUUUGUGAGGGGUGUUCAUGCCCCUCACAUUAUGUGAGUAGAAUUGUAUCAUUGGUAUUUUCUCUAGGUUGAGCAGGGAUGUAAUUUGUCUGGACUUUAUCUGUGAUAGACUUUAUUACUAGUUCUUGUUGCUUUUUUUGGCGAAGUGUAUGGCAUGCUAGUUCUGUACUCUUUGCAUUGGUCUGCUGGGAAAGGUGGUGAAUUGUGUUGGGGGGCACUGGUGUCCAUGGCUGGAAAGGGAGGUAAAAACUUGGAUUUUGUGAAGGGUUGAGUCCAGGGGUGUGGGUGGGGGAAUGUGAAUGGGUGGUUUCCCAUUAGGGAUGCGAUGCCACUAGAGUCCCCUGUGGGACGAGCCUAGACAUACAGAGUUAUUCCGGCCGUGGUGCCGGGUUUUUGGCGUGCCAGUGGGUGGGAUUGAUUUCAGGUGCGCCCGAUGGGCUUUCUCCUUCAGUCCUGAUUUUGGGCAGCUUCUGAUUCCCUCGCUCUUGUAAGAAGUUAACAAGUUGUUUGGGUCAAUUGUUGAGCCUACUUCAGUUUGUGGCAUCUAGCACGCUUGCAUAAAACAAAGAAAAAGAGAAUAACAACGAAAACUCUAACAUAACUAAAAUUGACAUAACUAAUUGGUUUAGAGGCUUCCAAUUUUGCUAUCCUUCCUGGUCCGCUCUCCCGUGUUUUUAUUUAUUUAUUUAUUUAUUAUAAUUUAUUUUUUUUUGUCGCUCUCCCUGCUUGCUUCCUGUGACAGGUGGUAUUGCACCGGCUGGGAUUUAUGGGGGUGGCAAGGUGCGUGUUAUGUGUUUUUGUGGCGCAUUAGGCAUAUAGUAGUCAAAUAUACAAAAUACAAAAGAAAACAGGUACAUUGUGUAGGUGUAUGAUUUGGGAAUUGCAUUUCUCACCCUUAAUCGAUAUAGGCAUGUUUUAGUACUACAGUGUCUACUAAAUAAGCAUGUAAACAGAUGCGAUAUGUGUAAGACUAGCUCGGGAGUUACGUCUUCUCAUCAUUACCAAUAAAGGUGUAUGUUAUUGCCCCAUUAUACACAGGUCAGAAAUUAAAUAGAUGCAUUGUGUGCAUGUCUGAUUGGGGGAUUACAACAAAUCAAUAUUAACUGAUAGGACUGAGGGCAUAUUUUGAGUUGAAGGUGCUUGGGAGAGAUACUUGCGGUACCAGGAGGCAGUUUGGAGGAUAGUCUAUGUUAUCAGCGUUCCUUUGUGACUCUGGACCAGUCCAGUCUAAUUCUCCAUUGUGCACCUGUUGCCUGGUCGUCAGGUAAGUUGUCAAGGCCCCAGGAUUUUAGCUUACGGAGACCAUCUUCCGGGGUGAGUAACGGUAUGAGUUUUCCAUCUUUGAUUGCCAGGACUUUCGUUGGAAAACCCCAGCAGUAGCGGAUGCCAUUGUUCAUUUCAAUAAUUUUACACAUUGUGUAUACUGUUUUUUUAUUUAUUUUUUACAAUUUAUUAAUGUUUCUAUGUUGGAUUUAUUAUAGGGCUUUACAAUGAUAUGUGACUUUGUAAAAGUAAAGCAUUACUGAGUACUCUAUAUAGUUGUUUAGGUUUUACUGUUACACUUAGAAAACAAUGCUUAUGGACUUCGGGAUAAGGAAUGCACAAGCAACUUAUACUCGGAAUGGUAGUGAAUUAGGGAUAACAACACCUAAGAAGAAUUUGGAAAUUGUUAUAGACAACAAUCUAGACAAUAAUGUGCAAUGUCAAUCAGCAGUGGCUAAGGCCAGUAAGGUAUUGUCAUGUAUAAAUAGGGACAUUAAUUCUCGGGUUGAAGAUAUAAUUUUGCCUCUUUAUGAUUCACUGCUAAGACCACACCUUGAAUAUGCUGUGCAAUUUUGUUCUUAAGAAGGAUAUUUUGGCACUAGAAAAAGGGCAGAGGUGGGCUACAAAAUUAUUAAAUGUGUGUAACAUGUGAUGAACUACACUUCACCACUGGUUUUUGAAGGGGCCUGCUUGCCUGCCUCCUACCUUGGGUCUAUGGACCCUGUGAUAACCCAUGUUCAAAAGCCGCUUUUGAACAUGGCCCCUUUUGAAGCCCCUUGGACUUCUAACUGGAACAGAUUCAAACAUGUGGCAGCGGCCAUCUUAAAUUGUCCAGCAGUGUUUUGCCGUUGAGUGUAUGGAACUGUUUUGGGCAUGGGACCAUGUGCACGGUAGGGCAACAAUAAGACUUCCAGGAAAUUCCUAAACCCCUGAACCGAUCUGGGUGAUUUUUGGAUAUGUUGUUCACCCAGAUCGGGGAUAUGUUGUAUUCUGGGGUACUUUUUGGGGUUUGUAAAAAUGUAUGUGUUUUUUUCUGCUAAAGUUAAUUUAGUUAGUCCAUUGUCUUUGUUAAUUGUAUCACAGGCAGAGGGGAGGUUUUGUGUACAGUAACUGGGAGUGUUCAAAUGUAAAACUCAGUUUUUAUUGGAUUGUGCAUUUCAUGACCUGUGCCCCACAACGUGGGAGGUAACCUUGUGGGGAAAUACUGUAUAAAAGAAGCCGCUGUCCCACUAAACCUUCAGUUCUACUUGACCCUCAACUCGCAGCCUCGUCUCGUGUUUGGGGUGGGGGCAGCUAUAAUCACUACAGGGAUUGCUAUGCUCUUCAUACUUCCUUGAAUAAUCACUAAGCUCGUGUAAGAGCUUGUUCCUGUUCCUGCUUCACUCUUUGGGGAAAGAGAGGUUCACCCACUGGAACCUGGAGCCUUGUCGUAGGUCCAGGGUGGGUAGGAGACGGCGAGACCCCAACCAAGCUACGGCGGUUCGUGGGGGCUGUGGUGCUUAUGGUGUCUGGUGCGGUACUGAUGGUCCUUGGUAAGCACUAGGAGCAUCGAUUGACAGAGGGUCCAUUACAGAACAUUUUAGCUAUUAAGAAAGGUUAACACAUUUAAACCUCUUUAGUUUAGAAAAACGGAACCUCGGAGGGGAUAUAAUAACAACAUUAUACAAAGUUGUAUAAACCUUUAUUGAUAUCUAGAGCCGAAUAGAUAAAUACAAAAAAGUGCAAAUCCAAAAAUGUGUAAUGUGUAAAAUGUUAUCUAUUUAUCUAUUCAACUCAUUACACAUUUGUGUAUUUGCACUUUUUUGUAUUUAUCUAUUCGGCUCUAGAUAUCAAUAAAGGUUUAUACCACUUUGACCAUAUUUUAACUCUUGGAGGUGUAUUUGGGUGGAGUAGGUUCUGCCUACUUUUAGUGGGCAGAUCCCCACUACACUUUAUAUUUGUUCUUUUUUCUAAAUAUCUCUAGGGUUCAUGCCCUCUAGCACCUCUGUAACUUACUGUGAGACAACAGUGCUGGUUUAUCCUGCAUUGUAGCCUCUUCUUGUCUUUAUACAAUUAUACAAAUAUAUCAGGGGCCUAUAGAAACCAUUGUCUGGAAAUCUUUCACAUCUACUAGAGGCACCUUCGCUACAAUGCCAUGUUUUACUAUGAGCGUUGGAUGUGCAUAGCGUUUCCGCAUCAGCUGCUAUAUGAGGAACAUUGGAUUGGAGUAGCAUUGCCCCACCAGUGACAUUGUGCAAGGUAAGAAGGCAAGCAGUGGAGAUAUAGUAUUAGUGCUUUAAAACAUACAUUACCCGCCUCCCCCCACUUUUAAAUCAUGUUUAUGUUGAGGGGGGGCUUGAAUCUAUAUAGGGACAGAAACACUAUAGUAUUUGGAAUACAGGUUCAUAUAGUGUUUUUUUUAUUUUUAUUAAAAUGGAUAAUAAUGCAAUCACCAAUAGAUAGAUAGAUACAUACAUACAUACAUACGUACACUCAUUCACUCACUCACACUCAAUGGUCCACACAAUCGCAAACAUAAAUUCACAGGCCACGCAGACACACACACACACACACACUGGCUGAUGCAGACUGACACACACAUACACAAAAUGACCCAAUCAGACACACACACUGAACAAUGCAAACACACAUACACUGACGCAAGCAGACACACACACAGACCCAAACAGACACACAGACCCAAGCAGACAUACACACACACUGACCCAAACAGAUACACACACACUGACCCAAGCACACACUGACUCAAGCAGACAGACACACACGCACUGACUCAAACAGGCUGAUAUGCUUGUUUUGAUUCCCCCCUCUUACCUUGAUUUCAUAUUGGCUCUAGAUGUGUCUAGGCUACUUGACUGUGCCUGGCUGCCUUCACUCUCUGUCUCAGCCCGCGCCAGCUACCCUCCCACCCACUUGACCUCAAGUACAGGACAAGGGGCAGGAGCCCUUGCGCUGCUGGCAAGGGAUGGUUUGUGGAGGGGGGUUGGCUCUCUUUGAUCUUUGCAGGCUAAGGUUGAUGCAAGUGCUAUGCAAGUACCCCUUUAGCGCAAAGUGCCAUGACAUGCUGCACGCAAUACAUAAUUAGUCCCACAUAGAGGGGCUGCUCAUAGCACUUAAGAAGUGCCCUAGACGGCCACCUAAUUGGUCUAUAGAAAACGCCAGCCCUGUCCCAACCUCUGCCUGUAAUUUGACUAGCUCCUGACUUUAUAAAGACACUUGUGGCUCUCAAGCCUAGUUUUUUUUUUUACUUUGUAUCAUGCUACAGGGACCAUGCAGGUCCAAAGACUCUGUUAUCGAGAUCCCUGAGCAAUAAAAUAAUUUCAUUUGCAAUUAUGAAAAUCGUGUAUACAAAAUUGUGAAGCUAUGAAUGCAUACUCUGGCAAUUAUGCAUACACAAGUGCAGAAGUGAAUUGGUUAAAAGGGCACUCUUAGUACUAUAAUGCAUGCUGUAGUGGUAAUUAUGCCAAUGCCAGGAGUCCAUUUGUGCAAUGUGUAAUCAAGUUAUAUUUCAACAGUUCAACACUUACUUGGGUCUCACAGGCACACAGAAAACCAAAAUAAGUGUCACAUUGUUGAAAAGCAUUAGACAGAAAUUAUUUUAAUUUACUUGUUGUAAAUUACAGUCUUCUCAUAUUUUUCUCUCUUUCAGCUGCUUAAUAGAUUAUUUAAUGGCACGUUUGUCUACAACGGUGAACAAUUUAAAUUUGAUCAGUUUGGCAACAUCUCUACAAGUGAACUCGAUAUAAUAAACUGGAAAAGAGUGAAUGCCUCUACACAGUUUAUUAUUGUUGGAAAUUAUAAUAUAAAUAAAAGUACUGUAACUAUAAACAGAGAUCUAGUGUUGUGGAACACACAAGACAAAGAGGUAUGCAUCAAUUAUUUUAAAAUAGUGUAGGAAUCUACUGUGUUGUGGUUUACUAAUUGUUAAACGAAACCUUACGUAUAUUACACAUAAUUUAUAGAAAUUAAUUACGUAAUAAUAUAUUGAAAAAUAUUAAUGAAUGCUAUUAUGUUAAUACAAUUUGAUAAAUAAGCAUUUCUAUAUUCCAGAAACAUCUUGGGCUUUAGCUCAAAGGAACAUUUAAUAACUUUUCACUAAGCGAGUACUAAGAAUAUGUCAUGACAUGUCCCUGCAGUUUUAUGUCGGGCCCAGUCAUCUCUACCCAUAAACAAUGCGCUGUUUAUGCUCUCUGGAAUUUCAGUAAAAGCACAGCUUGUAUAUAUUACAAACAAAUAUAUGUGAUUAAUGCAAUGCUGUCAAAUUAUCUAACUAUUGAGGUGUGUGCAGGAAAUUUCUGUUGGGAGGGAGGCUGGGUAGACCAAUAUUAAAAUUUAAAAAAAUAAUAUUUGUGAGUGUGUGAGAAAUGUGUGUGCGUCUGUUAGUAUCAGUGUGUGUGUGACUUUCAGUAUCAAUGUGUGUCUUUUUAAAAAUAUCGGUUAAUCUGUGUGUGAGUGUGUCUGUUUGUCUAAAUGUGUCUGUUUAGGUUAUUAAAUUGAUGAUCUCAGCUAAGACAAUGCUUUUCCAUAGAAAAAGAUUAGGAGGAUAUUGCCCAUGCAUGGUAAAAUUCUGUGCUGCAGCAAUCAGCAUCUCCUCAUAGAGAUGCAUUGAAUCAAUGCAUCUCUAAGAGGGGAACAUUCAGCGCCUUUACGCAGUGCUUUGAGACACUGAACAUAGGUGCUGCACACUGUGCAGCACUGGACUAUGAAUCAUCCCAGUGGUCGUCUGAGUGUUACUAGGCUGAAAAGGCAGGGACAGAUUAUAGACACCAAAACCACUAUAUUAAAGGACCACUAUAGUGCCAGGAAAACAUACUCGUUUUCCUGAUGGAGAGAGGAAGGGGUUACACUUAGCUCUUUCUCCAGCGCCGGGUGGGGAGCUCUCCUCCUUCUCGGCUGAAUGCUCAUGUACGGCAAGAGCCGCGCGCGCAUUCAGCCAGUCCAUAGGAAAGCAUUCUCAAUGCUUUCCUAUGGACGCAAGCGUCUUCUCACUGUGAAAAUCACAGUGAGAAGCGCGGAAGCCCUCUAGCGGCUGUCAAUGAAACAGCCACUAGAGGCUGGAUUAACCCAUAGGUAAACAUAGCAGUUUCUCUAUGUUUACAGAAAAAAGGGUUAAUCCUAUCUGGACCUGGCACCCAGACCACUUCAUUAAGCUGAAGUGGUCUGGGUGCCUAUAGUGGUCCUUUAAGAUGUAGUAGUUCUGGUGACUAUAGUGCCCCUUAAAGAAUUGUAUUUUUGCAAUUGAAAAUUAAACUGUUUAAAAAAAAUAACUGGCUCCUAGAUUCCAAGCAAAUGUGUCAAUCCCAGUGUUACACCCAAAUGAUUCCAAUAUAAAACAUGAACUGAGUUGCAUUUUUAUGUUGUCAUACAUUUUGGGUGCGACACAGAGCCCAAUCAUAACUGUUCCCCCUAUGAUCCUCAUUGAUAUGUUACUGAAUAUCAGUUAAAUACAAGUAAACAGAUUUGAUGGGCAGGGACAGUGCUCAUGGCAUAGUACAAAAGAAAAAGUCUCCAUGUAUUUUUGGAAAUAAAGUAUGACUCUAGUGCAUCCAGGUCAAGUAAACUGUAUAUAAGUACUAUAGCUAUGCCAAUUUAAAAAACAAACAAACAUUGUUAUCAAAUAUUAUCAGAAUCUACACAAAGAAUAUCUUUAAAUGUAAUACAUGUCAAAUUCAGCGUAAACCUAUGUAUAAACAUUAAAACUGAUUGGUAUUAGAAUAUUUCAAGAAAGUAUGGGAAUAGAAUGUUUCAGGAUUUGGUGACUUUUGGCACACAUGCAAAUGAAGCAUAAUUUAAAUGAUAGGAUUACAUUUUGUGAAAUAGAUCUGUAGAAUCAAUAUUACUAAUUCAGUUUUCUGUGUUUACUUAGGUACCUUUUUCAAAUUGCUCCAAAUCUUGUCCAAAGGGGUAUUCCAAAAGUUCUUGCAACCACAGUUGCUGUCACAAGUGUGUUCCUUGUCCGGAAGGGUUCUAUACUAAUGCAACUGGUAAGUAUAUCUUAGUUGACAUCAUAUUUUAUUUUAUGGUCAACUAGCCAUAAAUUAAAAAAACUCUGGCAUUUUCAUUGUGUCCUUUUCCCCCUUUACAAAAAUACAUCAUCCAACUCAGGGUGCAUGGACCCAGACUCUGCUAAACAUAAUAAAAUAUUAUGUCCAGCACACACCUAUUGUUUUUUUUAGUACCAAGUCUAUCUGUUCUAUUUGGCACCUUAAGUUAGUUAAGGUGCCAAAUAGAACAGAUAGACCAGACACUAAAGGUUUGUGCUGAACAUAAUAUUAUAUCUGUAUUUCCUCCAACUCUAAGCAGGCAAAUUACCAGAACUGACUGCAUUGUUCUAGCUUACAUACAGAGCUUGUUUACAUACGUGUAAAAUUAAUCUGUUAAGAAUUAUUAACGGAACUCUGCAUGCACAAGGGGUGUGGAAAUUGAAAAAAAUAUUUUUGCCCAAGUAGUAGACCAAUCUUAUCCUGACACCAAAUUAUUUUAAUUUCUAAAGUUUAGACCUGGAAAUUGGCAGGGCUAUUCACUAACUCUGCAUUUUCCUAAAUUAAAUCAAAAUUGAAAAACUGAGGAAAAAAGAAAUGAUCGGGAUAAAUUCUUUAACUCCGCUUUAGCCACAGCUGGCUACUUUUGGCUCAGUUUUGCUAUUCAGAUUUAAUUUGGGAAAAUUUAAGUUUAGUGUCUUUCCCGCUGUCCUCCCCCAUAGUUUGUGUGGUGUCUAGGUGUAAUGAGUGUGCAUGUUUUGGGUGUUGGCUGUAUGUGAUGUGUGAGUGUUGGUUAGAUGUAUGUAAUUUGUCAAAUGUGUGUUGACUCUAUGUAAUGCCUGUAAAUCAAUAUCACUUAUAAGAAUAAGAUGAAAGGUUUCCAGGAGCUGAAAUAAAAUAGCACUAUAGUAUAGUAUAAGAGCACAACAAUAAAUUCAUUUCAUAUACAUUUAAAUGUAUGCAUGGUAAGUCCAGAAUAAGUCCAUAUAUAAAAUCCCAUAAAUGAGAGAAUUGAAAGUUGUAAAUUAGUAAUUAAAGUCCAAUAGUCCACAAAGUGUAGCACAAGGGUAAUCACACUGAACUGUGUAUAUAGGGGAUGUACAGUCGUGGAGACCUAUUGGCAAGGCAAUAUAAUUCACUGACUUUCAGUGAAUAUAAAAAGAAAAAACAAAAGCAAAAGAAACAAACUAUAAAAGAAAAAGCAACACAGUACCCAAAAUCACUGUUUGCUAUUAAACAUGGGAUAGGUGAAAGGAGAAAAAGAAAAGUAAAAAAGGCUUCUUAAAAAUCCAUAAGACUUUAAUGAAAAACAGUGGCUCAAGAUAAUUUGCAUGAGUGCCACAUCAACAGUUCUCCUGGUAGAUAUGACUUGUGGGAGCUGUAGUCCUUGUUGUGUGGUGUCCGCCGGUGAGGUCGGCGUGCGUUCCUCACAGUGUUCCACCCGAAGCCUCACUUCCGGGUAUGAUUUUACCGAUGUCAGAGAAGAAUGAUACUCAGUGUCUGUUCGUAUGAGGUUCUAGAUAGGCUUGUGCACAGAGUUCGUAGAGCAUUGCCGUGGUAACUUUCUUCCACUGGGUAGUGGAUCUUAUGGAUUUCUUAGGAAGCAUUAGAGAAGAAGGAGAAAAUCUAAACUAGAAAGGUAAAGAAUAAUAGAAAAUAAAAGUAAAAAAACUAAAAAUAGUAGUAAUAGAAAUAAUAAUAAAAAAAUGGAAAUAAAAAUAAUAAUAAAAUAAAUAUAAGAAAUACAUAUAAAAAUAAUAUAAAAAUAAAGUAAAAUAAUACAAAAUUAAACCAAAUAUAAAUAUAUUUUAUAGAGAAUGUAAAUACAAGUGCAAAGUAAAACAUAGAUAAUAUAUAGUAGAUAGCAAGUAAUAUAUAAUGGAUAAGGCUUAUACCUGACAAAAGGCAGAUUAUGAAUACAGAUCCAGAGACAAAGUAUUAAUACUAAAUCUAAAGAGCAAAGGAAAAUGAAAUAGUGGAAAAAUAAAUAUACUAUGAUAUGCUACAAAUUAGUGAAUUAAUUCAUUUAAUUAAUUAGUAAAGUGGCUAAAUGUCAGAAAAUGUGGCAAAGAGAAAUAUGUAUAAAAUGAUAUAAAAUGGCUUUAAAAUAAGAUGAAGUAAAUUAGAUCAAAAUAAAAUAAAAAUUCAAAUAAAACAGAGAUAAACAAUAAAUGACUGUGAUGUUAAAAGAGAAGAGAAAGUAAUCUAUGGGAAUACAAAUAGAAUAAUAUAGAAUAAUAUGAAAUAGUGGACUGCGUGUAGAUAAAAUAUAACAAAUAACUAAAAUUAAAAUAAAAACUGGAAAUAUCUAUUAUAGAAAUAUUACAUAGUAGUAAUAAUAAAAUAGGAGAAUAUUGGAAAAAAAACACUCAUACUAUAGUAAUGUUGGUAAUCUAAAAGAGGAAUAGACAGAUACUUAUAAUCAUUAAAAAGGUUAUAAUUAAAAAUUAUCAUAAGAAUGCAUUAAGUUCAAAAUCAAUGUUUAAGCCUCUUGGGGCUAGAGUGUUUAGGGUGAAGAUCCAUCUGCUUGGUCUAGAUCUCCCCCUCUCCAAUGUACUGUGACUUUCUCAAUAGGUGAAAACUGCAAACCAUCUGGGUCUCUUCCAUGAACAUCAUUAAAAUGUUUUAAUUCUUCCUACAUAUUGUUUUGGACAAGGACAUGUAAGUAGAUAAAUUACCCCUGUUGUGUUACAGUCCAUAUUAGAUUUUACUCUAUAUUUUGUCUGGUUAUCUAGAGAAAGGACAUUAUCUUGAAUAUGAUCUAGGUUAGGAUUAUUCCUACAUCCUAUGCAUUUCUUGCACCUUGUAGAGCCUUUAAUGGAUGUUUUUAUGGUGUCAUGAAGAUGAUUUCUAGAACUGUCAGUUGGUGCCAACAUAAGCUUUAAAGUGAGAGCUUGGGAAAAAAUAAUGUUGGGUUGGUCAUCUAAAAUUUGAUUAAGCAUAUGGUCCUCUUUAGUAUAUCCCAGUGUUUAACGGACACCUUUUUGAUAUUCUGGGAUUGGUUACUAUAUUUCAUUAUGAAGGCCGGAGCUCUCUUAUGUUCUUCUGGUUGUAUUCUCUUCUUAUAGAGGGUAUCUUCUCUUGGUAUAGAUAAGGCCUUCUUCAUUGCUUGUUCUAGGAGCGGUUCUGGGUAUCCUUUUACUGCAAAUCUACUUCAUUUCUUGCAUUUGACAAGUUUCCAAUUCUGAACAAUUCUUUCUUAUUCUUCUAAAUUGUCCCUAUGGUAUAUUUUCAAGCUAGGUGUUUUUAUGGUAGCUGCUAAAAGGUAUAAAACUAUUACAGUCUACAUUCUUCUUAAAUGUUUUCUGUGUGAAUUUUCCCAUUUUUAAUAUAUAUCUCAAGAUCUAAAAAUUUGAUUUGGCUUGUAGAGUGACAGAAUGUGAAUUGUAAAUUGUAUGGAUUGUUAUUAAGGUACAAUUUAAAACUUUCAAUGGAUUCCAUACUCCCCUUCCAGAUAAAAAAAGCAAUCAUCAAUGUAUCGCCGCCGUAGAAACAGUUUCGCGCCAAGUGGGCAGUGGUUCCAAAUAAAUUCGUUCUCCCAUUUACCCAUAAAAAAUUGGCAUAGCUUGGGACUAAAUGUGUUCCCAUGGCAGUUCCUUCUAGUUGUAAGUAAAAAUUAUCAUCCGACCAGAAAUAAUUGUGGCUUAAAAUAAAUGCUACGCACUGUAUUAAAAAAUCAAUCUGAUCAUUCUUGAGUUCAGAAUAAGUGGCCAAUGAAUACUGUAUCGCUUCACAUCCCUUGAGGUGCUCUAUCACUGUGUACAGUGAGGUAACAUCUGCUGUCACCAAAAUCAUGUCUUCUUCCCAGUUGAUGUCUGCUAACAAGUUGAGGAUUUGAGUUGAGUCUUUAAGAUAUGACUUGAGAUGGUGAACUAGGUUUUUCAGAUAUUGAUCCACAUAUUUUGAUAAAUUAGAGGUUAUGGAACUUAUCCCUGAUAUGAUCGGCCUACCAGGGGGAUUAUGAAGUCUCUGGUGUAUCUUUGGUAGGUGAUAAAAGAUAGGGAUAAGUUGUCCUGAUGAAAGUUCCUGAAUGGAACUGAAACGUUGACUGUUUUUUUUUUAGUAAAAGAAGUUCCUAAGAAAGCUACCUGGGAGUGCUGAUUUUUUUCUUUCAUACAUUUAGUGCAAUCAAGCACCGGGUCAAAUAACUGUAAGUAGGAGUGCAAGGCUUUUUUUCAUUAUAUAUAUAUAUAUAUAUAUAUACAUAUACACACACACACACACUUUUACUCCCUCUAUCUUAGAACCAGAUCACUGUUUUUUGUAUUCUAAGCACUUUUCUUUCUUUCAUGCUUUCUAUACUUUUAUUUGUAUUCCGUGUAUCUUACUAUUGUUUCUAUGUAAUGCCUGUCAGUAUUGUAUUUGAUGUAUGCUGGCUGUAUGUUUUGUGUGAAGUUUGUGCUGGAUGUAUGUAGUGGUGUAAUGUGUGCUGCUUAUAUCUGUGUGUGUAGUGUGUGCUGGCAACAUGUAAUGCAUGUCGUGUAUAUGGUGCGUGCUGGCUGUAUAUAAUUGUGUACUGUGUGGUGUGUGCUGUUUGAAUGUAAUGUGUGUGUGUGUGUAUGUUGGCUAUAUGUAAUGUGUGGGCUAGCUGUAUCUAGUGUGUUUGUGUGAGGGUUUUAUCUAAUGUGUGUACUUACUAUAUUUAAUAUGUCUUUGCUGGCUGUAUGUGAUGUGUGUGCAUGUUGUGUGUGUGUGUGCUAGCUGUGUGUAGAGUGCAUCUGUGUUGUGUGCUGGCUGUGUGAAGUGUUUGUCUGUGGGAUGUGCUGGCUAUAUGUAGUGUGUCUGUGCUGUCUGUUUGCUGUAUACAAAGUGUUUUUAUCACCCCCCAUCACCCUGCUUAUCUUUCCCAGUGGAUAUACCUGGAUCCCUGAGGUUGCAAUAUGGGGACAUUUUCCCUGGUGUUCUAGCAGGGUACUCGGAUCACUAGUGGUUUAGUGAGGGGGGGGGGACAUGAGCUUUGCACCUAAAGUGGGUACAGACCACAGUAAUCAUUCCUUGCGGUCCCAACAUUUAUAGCGCUUGGAGUCUAUAGGCACUAGAGCGUGCAGUUUACACAUCAUGCUUCUUUGCUGGUCCAGUCUCCAAUGAUGGUAUGGAGGAGCUGUUUCUGCCUCUUUAUACCAAUUUAUACCUGUUAUAUAGGCAGUGAUUGGUUGAGAGAGCUGAUGCUUUCAGCCUAUAACUGCCUGCAAACCUUAUCGAUCUAGUUACGCCUCCGCCAUUUUGUCAUUGGAGGCUGAGCGUCAGGCUGCCAAGUAUCAGCUAUGGCACUAGGUAGGCUAUGGUAUAAUUUGUAUGAUUGUCCCUGCUAAAGGGUGAUUAAACUGUUUACCUAGGCUGCAGGACCCAGUGCUCAUGGAGUCCAGGUACUAUAACCACUUAAAUCAGUAAAGUAGUUAUGCUGCCUCCAAUGUUUCUUUAAACCCAAUUGCUGUUAGAUGUCUGUGGCAACAAAUACCAUGUUAAAGUCUUAUAUUUAACAGCUGUAUGCUACUCAUGCUCACCACCAUGUUUUACUAAGCACAAUGUCACAGAUUUUGUAACUUAUACUUGUGUCUAGCUAUCAAAUUAAUGUUAAUAUAUAUGUGUCAUAUUUCAGGAAUCAGAUUUGUAUGUACAUAAUAGAAAACAUUUUUCUUAUUUUUCUAUUACAGAUAUGGAUGAAUGUUUGAAAUGUCCUCCAAAAAUGUGGUCACAUAGUCAAAGCUCUGGUUGUGAGGAGAGGACAAUCGAGUAUUUUCAAUGGGAAAAUCCAUUAGCUAUCGCUCUUAUGGCUUUGGCUUCAUUUGGCUUUUUAUUACUUUUAAUCACAGUCUUCUUGUUUAGGAAGUAUAAAGAUACCCCAGCAGUUAAGGCAGCGGGGGGAAAUUAUAGUUAUCUAAUGAUAACAUCUUUAUUAUUUAGCCUGGCAAGCAUCUGUUUUUUUAUCGGUAAACCAAGUAAUACAAUCUGUCAGAUCAGACAACCUCUCUAUGGUAUCAGCUUCACCCUCUGUGUAUCUUGCAUAUUGAUCAAAUCUUUACGAAUCAUUUUAGCGUUUGAGUUUGCCAACAGAUUCAAACAUUUACCUAAAGUAGCUUAUAAGCCAAUAAUUAUUAUUACUGUGCUAACCAGCUUGCAAAUUAUUAUUUGUAUAUUAUGGCUGAUAUAUCAGCAACCAACAUACACAGAAAAAUACGACAUACCUCAAAUUGUACGACUGCAGUGUAAUGAAGGAUCCUAUGUUUACUUUGGUAUCAUGUUGGCAUAUAUUGGAUUCCUUGCAUUGAAUUGUUUCAUAUUAGCUUAUAAAGGUAGAAAACUACCAGAGAAAUAUAAUGAGGCCAGUCGUAUCACAUUCAGCAUGCUUAUAUACAUGUUUGUAUGGAUUAUUUUCAUUCCAGUCUACAUGAAAACCAAAAGCAGGUAUCGUUCAGCUGUGCAAGCUGUUGCAAUAUUAGCUUCUGUAUAUGGAGUGAUUUCCUGCCAUCUUUUAUCUGUGUGUUAUAUCCUAUUGUUCAAAAGGAAAAUCAACAACAGACAAAAAUAUCUGCAAAGUAUCAAGUCAUAUUCUAGUGUCCAAAAAGCAACUUUAAAUGUUUCAAUGACGAAUUUAAAAAAUGGUACACCACUUUAUCUUCAUCCAGGGACUGAGAGAACAACUUUUACACAGCUAAAAUCAAAGGGUUUGCACAAUUCAGCUUCAGUAAGAAAAAGAUGUUACAGUUGUUAGUGCUGUAAAAUACUUAAUGCGUGAUGAUUGUUAUUUCCUUAGAUGAACACACAAAUCAAGUCAAAACACUUAUUUCCAUGUAUUUUGCCUUAUGAAAUCUAGUUCAUAAAGCCUCACUCACCAUCAAUUAUACUGUAGUUACGAUUACCAGUCUGUAGAGUAACCAAUUUUUCUGCCAGAAAUCUCUGCUUUCAAACAGUACAGGAAGAUUCUGAAGGUGAUAUCAUUCCUACAGUCAAGGAGGGAGUGAGUAAAUGGACACUGCCAUUUCACUGUUAGAAUUAUAGUAGCAGUCCAGACAUUGAUAAAGAUUGCUAUAGUUAUUUGAAAUAACUUUAUUUUAGAAAUAUAUGAUUUAACUGUAUUAUACAGUAUGUGGACAUAAUGCAGACAUUCUUUUUACAUUUUGUUUUUAGUGAGCUGUACUGCUAGUAAUGCCUUCAUGAUCCUUGCAAAUACCUGUAAGCAAGGUAUUUGAUAAUUAUUAUUUAUAUAUUUUUGUCCUACUUACUAACAUUUCAGACCGUGUGUGAAAUAUUGCAAGACAAAGGACACUAUGUACUGUGUAAAGCUUUUCAUUUUCCAAAUAUGUAUUUUUUUUUUAUAAAUAAUGAUGAACUAUAUGAGAAAAAUAAAAAUUGUGUAAAUAUGUAUAUAAUUAAAAUUUUUACAUUUGUCUGCAAAGUAAUCUAUAAACAAAAUUGUGUUAUAAUAUGUUUACAUCAACAAGGGUAUGUGAGCGUUCCAAAUAAAAUAUGACCACUAGAAAAAUUACACUCCAAAGCAGCAGCUGUAGAAUAAGAUAAAAAUGUACAUAUACACAAAAUAUUUAUUCAUAUAAAAAUAAACAAAUCAUAAGAACCAUGAAAAAAUCCUUAUAAAUCUAAAUAUAAAAAAAGUUCAUAAGGAUGUGUCCAAACCAAAGUUCAAAGAUACAUAGUGUGGGGCCCCCAACACUAAUAUGGAUUAUGUAUCAAAAGGAAAAAAAUUAAAAAGAGAUUGUGCACAUCAAAUAAUAAAACAUCAAAAAAUGUCAAAAAAUGAAUAUCAGACCUCAAACACAUAUAUAGUUCAUGGGGGAGGGAGCUCAUAAACCCGCCAAACUACUAGGUAAAGGUGAGGGGUGCCGCAAUGAAUAGUCUCCUAGUGUUAAAAACCUAGGGAUUAAACAAAAGCAACUUACCCUAUUCACCCUACUUUCGUGUAAGGUGAAGGGAGCACGCCAACUCCCUACCACGAGACAAGAUGUGUGGGACUGAAUUCAACAGCUGCCGAAAAUCCCUCCCGAACCGUAAAUGAAGUCGGGUAGAAAAUCAAAGGAGACGGAAAAACAGAUCGUCUACGCGUUUCGUCCCCUAUGAGGGACUUUAUCAAGACAAAGAUCUGUUGUCCACAGACUGGGUAUAUAUACCCUAUUCCUAAAGGAGUGGUCAUUCAAUUAAACAAUAAUAAAAAUUAAGAGUCAAUUUGUAGAAGGCGGAUCGCCUAAGGUGUGCAUUUAUUUAUAAUUUUUAUAGAAUAAACAUCCAAAUAAUAUUAUUAAAUAUAAAUCAUCAGCCAAUAGGCAUUAUCAUUCUCUCUAUUUAACAAUUGUUUAGGGAGAUAAAACGUAUGAAAUCAAACCUGUAUGUAACAGUGUAACUUUUUGAGACUAUCUCUCAUCUUUUUCAUAUUAUAGAAAUACUCAUAGGCUGUAGUUCUUUAUAUUUCUAUAUGUAUGUAGACCUAUGCACACAUAUGGGUGCAUUCUUCCCCAUCAGCUACAACACAGAGGACUCUUAUAUACAAGUAAAGAACUUAACAGCUUAAGUUUAUUUAAUACAAGCCUCCCAAAGACUCUAAAAAAUUAUAAAAAAUAUAUAAAAAUAAUAUAAAUCCUAAUCAAUAAAUAUAAAGAUGCAUAAAAGAACACAUAAUUCUGAUAAAUACCAAUAUGUUACAUAUAAAAAGCUUUUUAGGGAAGUCACAUAACAUACAAUCAAAGCUUAUGUUCAAUGAACACAAAUUGAAACAAUAAAUAAAUAAAUGAUCUAAAUAAAUAGGUUAUACUUAAACAGGGGUGGAGGGGGGGAAAAAGGGGAUAGGGACACACAGUAACGAAUGCAUCCCUCAUAUCCCUUGUGAUCCAUUCCCCACUGUUAAAGCAGAAUCAUAAAAAAUCGGAUUUUGGAAGAUACAAAUUAUUAUAAAACCCUCGCUUUUAAUCCCACUACUCAAUUCACCAGGGAUCUCAAAACCUGGGUGAAUAAGAUGUUUGAUAUAGGGGUUAUUGAUAAAUCAGAAAAAGGUUUUCUACUCUCCGGUGGAGACAAUAUACCCAUCUUUUACUUCCUUCCGAAGAUCCAUAAGUCCCUCACUAAUCCACCUGGUAGACCUAUUAUUUCAUCUAUUGGUUCUCUUACAGCACCCUUAUCAAAAUGGGUAGAUAUUCAUCUUCAGAAAAUUAUGAUCAACCUUCCUUCGUAUAUUAAAGACACGGGACAUGUAUUAUCAUUGAUGCAGGAGAUUUCCUGGCAGGAGAAUUAUUGUUGGCUGACCGUGGAUGUGGCAGCCCUAUAUUCAAAUAUCGACCACAAGUUGGGCUUGAAAGCUAUUCAACAUUUCCUUUUGGAAGAUCCCCUUCUCCCUCGGUGUCAAGUGGAAGCAAUUUUGGAAAGUAUAUCCUUUAUUUUAACCCAUAAUUAUUUUUGUUUUAAUGGGCAGUUCUACCUACAAAUAAAAGGUACCGCAAUGGGGGCUAGUUUUGCCCCAGCAUAUGCAAAUAUCUUUAUGGGCCUGUGGGAAUCCAUCCAUAUAUUUAAUCAUCCUAUAUGGAGAGAACAUCUUGUAUUUUAUAAAAGAUUUAUCGACGACAUCUUGAUUAUUUGGAAGGGUGAUCUUGAUGAUACUGAUAACUUUGUCCAUUAUCUCAAUAACAACGAAUGGGGAUUAUCUUUUACUAGUAAUAAAAAUAAGACAACCAUUGAGUUCCUUGAUUUGAUCCUAUGCGGGAAACCUGGACAUGUCCUCACUAAAACUUUUAAGAAACCGGUCGAUGUUAAUGGUUUUUUACAUUCAACGAGUGGUCAUCAUCCAACGUGGAUUAAUAAUAUCCCAUUUGGUCAGUUUAUUAGAUUACGCCGAAAUUGUUCUCUCUUGGAAGACUUUGAAGAAGAAUCUUUGGAAUUAUGUCAUCGUUUCCUGGAUAAAGAUUAUGAUCCAAACACCAUUUAUCAGGCAUAUCAUAAGGCUAGAAACAUUUCGAGAAAUUCACUCAUAGAGCCUUAUAUUGAUCAGGAGUCUCCAGCUAGAUCUCCCGUGCCAUCAGUUAAACAUAUGGAAGUAUUAUCCCUUUUGGAAAAUUCAACUCCUAAAAGAAGAUCCAACACCCGGAAUAAAUUUAACAUCAGUACUAGGGAUGUUUCUCAUAAUAAGGGUCCCAUAUUUACCACUACCUUUAAUAGGGCAUAUGACCAGAUUAUCUCCAUUCUACGCCAACAUUGGUCUAUUUUAUUAUUGGAUCCUUGGUUGAAAUUUAGUUUAGCUGGGUCACCAAGAAUAACCUUUAGGAAAAAUAGAAAUUUAAAGAACUUGUUAGCUCCAUCUAAGCUUGCCUCAGCAGAAUCCCAUAACACAUUGGCAGCCCUUGGUGUAGGGAAUUUCAAAUGCGGUUCAACGCGAUGUCUAACAUGCCAGUAUAUACACCAUGGAGGUUUGGAUUUCUCGUCUUCUUUGAAUAAUGAGACUUUCCAAGUAACCUCAAGGAUUACCUGUAACACCCCAUAUGUUGUCUAUUUACUGAAGUGUUCGUGUGGAUUGCUUUAUGUUGGCCAGACUUCUAGGUCAUUGAAAACUAGGUUCAGAGAACACAGACUAGCGAUCAUUAAACAGGAUAGAAAAUCCCCGGUAGCUAGACACUUCCAAAUGGCCCAUGAGAGCAAUCCUUUAUAUAUAUCUGUUAUGGGUAUUGAACAUAUCCCAGAGAAGAUUGUUAAUAGAAAAACAGCUCUUAUUGUAGCUGAGACCAGGUGGAUUUUCCGACUGAAUACUCUUAAUCCGUAUGGGUUAAAUGAGGAAUUGGAGCACAUUACUUAAUUUUGUUUUUUCUUUUUGAUUAAAUUUUUUAUGAUUCUGCUUUAACAGUGGGGAAUGGAUCACAAGGGAUAUGAGGGAUGCAUUCAUUACUGUGUGUCCCUAUCCCCUUUUUCCCCCCCUCCACCCCUGUUUAAGUAUAACCUAUUUAUUUAGAUCAUUUAUUUAUUUAUUGUUUCAAUUUGUGUUCAUUGAACAUAAGCUUUGAUUGUAUGUUAUGUGACUUCCCUAAAAAGCUUUUUAUAUGUAACAUAUUGGUAUUUAUCAGAAUUAUGUGUUCUUUUAUGCAUCUUUAUAUUUAUUGAUUAGGAUUUAUAUUAUUUUUAUAUAUUUUUUAUAAUUUUUUAGAGUCUUUGGGAGGCUUGUAUUAAAUAAACUUAAGCUGUUAAGUUCUUUACUUGUAUAUAAGAGUCCUCUGUGUUGUAGCUGAUGGGGAAGAAUGCACCCAUAUGUGUGCAUAGGUCUACAUACAUAUAGAAAUAUAAAGAACUACAGCCUAUGAGUAUUUCUAUAAUAUGAAAAAGAUGAGAGACAGUCUCUAAAAGUUACACUGUUACAUACAGGUUUGAUUUCAUACGUUUUAUCUCCCUAAAUAAUUGUUAAAUAGAGAGAAUGAUAAUGCCUAUUGGCUGAUGAUUUAUAUUUAAUAAUAUUAUUUGGAUGUUUAUUCUAUAAAAAUUAUAAAUAAAUGCACACCUUAGGCGAUCCGCCUUCUACAAAUUGACUCUUAAUUUUUAUUAUUUUUUAAUUGAAUGACCACUCCUUUAGGAAUAGGGUAUAUAUACCCAGUCUGUGGACAACAGAUCUUUGUCUUGAUAAAGUCCCUCAUAGGGGACGAAACGCGUAGACGAUCUGUUUUCCGUCUCCUUUGAUUUUCUACCCGACUUCAUUUACGGUUUGGGAGGGAUUUUCGGCAGCUGUUGAAUUCAGUCCCACACAUCUUGUUUCGUGGUAGGGAGUUGGCGUGCUCCCUUUACCUUACACGAAGGUAGGGUGAAUAGGGUAAGUUUCUCUGGUUUAAUCCCUAGGUUUUUAACACUAGGAGACUAUUCAUAGUGGCACCCCUCACCUUUACCUAGUGGUUUGGUGGGUUUAUGAGCUCCCUCCCCCAUGAAUUAUAUAUGUGUUUGAGGUCUGAUAUUCAUUUUUUGACAUUUUUUGAUGUUUUAUUGUUUGAUGUGCACAAUCUUUUUUCAUUUUUAUUUUCUCUUUGAUACAUAAUCCAUAUUAGUGUUGGGGGCCCCACACUAUGUAUCUUGAACACUAUGAACUUUGGUCUGGACACAUCCUUAUGACCAUUUUUAUAUUUAGAUUUAUAAGGAUUUUUUCAUGGUUCUUAUGAUUUGAUUAAUUUUAUUGUUUAUAUAUGAAUAAAUAUUUUGUGUAUAUGUACAUUUUUAUUUAAUUCUACAGCUGCUGCUUUGGAGUGUAAUUUUUCUAGUGGUCAUAUUUUAUUUGGAGCGCUCACAUACCCUUGUUGGUUUAUAUUUUAUUUGGUUGUUUAGUCGCUCUUUUGUAUGUGACGCAGCCCUGCUUAUUAUUGUGUAUAGAGUUUUUGUAUACUCCAAUUCAGAUUAUUUUGAUGUUUAUUGUAUUGGUAAUAUGUUUACAUGUUUGCUAUGCAUCCCUCGCUUCAAAUAAAUGUUAUGCUGAUAUAUAUUUUUUUUUAUAAAAAAGUGCCUGGUAGUGAUCGGGUUAAAAAACGUUUUUGAUAAUUACAGCACACAUUGUUUCUGAGCUAAUUUAUUAUGUUUUAUUAUGUGCAUAGAUCAUGCUGUGUAGCCUCAGUGCUCAAUUCUUUGCUAUUUAGGAGUUAAAUCACUAUGUUUAUUCAGCCAUAGCCACACCUUUCUGGUUAAGACUCACACAGCCUUCCUCAACAAAACUCUGAAUUUAUUUGCUUCCCUUAUUCACAGGUCCCCCGCCCAUAUUGGUAUUUAAGGCCACCAUGCGCCGCUCAGGGGUGGGGGCUGAGGGCAGGACAAUAGCCUUCCCCAUAUUGGUAAUUAGGGCCCCCACCCACCGCUCAGGGGUGGGGGCUGGGGGGAGGACAAUAGGUCCUCCCAGUAUUCUAAUUUAGGGUCCCCACCUGCCACUCAGGAGUGGGGACCGGUGGGAGGACAAUAGGUCCUCCCAGUAUUCUAAUUUAGGGCCCCCACCCGCCGCUCCGCGGUGGGGGACUGAGGGGAGGACAAUAGUUCCCCCCUAUUGGUAUUUAGGGCACUUACCCGUCGCUCAGAGGUGGGGGUCAGGGGGAGGACAUUAGGUCCCCCCCCUUAUUCUUAUUUAGGGCCCCCACCUGCUGCUUUUUUUUUUUUUUGCUCACUGUUUACUAGACAGGCCCCUACUCGCGGUAACAUGGUUUAUAUUAGAAACCCAGCCACUGAAUAGGAAUGACCUAAAUAAACUUAUCUGGAAUAGUAAAGGAUAUUUUUGCAGUAUGGUUUAAACUAAAAAAAAGAUGAAAAAUACUGAAAAGAUUUAUGCAUUUAUGGAGCUGGAAAUAUUGGAAUCUCUUACAGAUGAUCAAACUAGAUCUGUGGAGAGAAAAAAAAAUAAUGUAGUAAAUAACAUAAUGAAGGAGGGAAGAAUGAAAACAUUUGCAUCAUUGGUCUUAGAAUACAAUAUACCAGAAUCUGAAAUAUAUAAUUAUUUAAGAGUUAAUUCACUUGUCUCAAUACAUUUUGAUGAGGGGAAAACCAUAUAUAUGAAACAGGUUUUUGAAAUAAGAAAAUGACAAAACUUCUAUCUAAGUGUUAUAGGCUGAAUAAAUCAAUGGUGCAAACUACUACGCCGAAACAGUUUUAAAAAAAAUAAUCGGAAAUUGAGUGUAAUAUUAAUAUUGAUAUUUGUGUAUGGGGUGAAAUAUUAGUCAGAACAAAGAAAAAUGUCUAUAAUACAAUACUGAUUGAAACGUUUUACAAAGUAUGUAAUAGGUGGUACCUAGUGCCAACAAGAUUAAAUAAAAUUGAUCCCAAUGUCCCAAACUUGUGUUGGAGAUGUUUGAAUGCAGUGGAAAGUCUACAUAUAUAGUGGAGUUGCCCAAAAGUUAAAAAAAUAUAGGAUCAAAUAUAUAAAAAUGUAUACGAUUGUAAUAAGAUCAAAAUAAAUAAAACUCUGAUGAGAGCUUUAUCACAUUUGGGCUGGCCGGAUCUAACAGCAUCUCAAUAUUAUUUGACCACACGUAGUUUUUUGGCUAUGAAGAUUCUCUUGGCAAGAAACUGGAAACAGCCUUUAGAAAUUAGCUAUAUUUGUUGAAAAAAACUAUUAACGUUACAACUAAAGAUCUUAUAGUUAGGCUAGCCUUAUGCCUAUCCCACGCAUGCUUAAACUCCUUCACUGUGUUAACCUCUACCUCUUCAGCUGGAAGGCUAUUCCAUGUAUCCACUACCCUCUCAGUAAAGUAAUACUUCCUGAUAUUAUUUUUAAACCUUUGUCCCUCUAAUUUAAGACUAUGUCCUUUUGUUGUGGUAGUUUUUCUUCUUAUAAAUAUAGUCUCCUCCUUUACUGUGUUGAUUCCCUUUAUGUAUUUGAAUGUUUCAAUCAUAUCCCCCCUGUCUCGUCUUUCCUCCGAGCUAUACAUAUUAAAAUCCUUUAACCUUUCCUGGUAAGUUUUAUCCCGCAAUCCAUGAACCAGUUUAGUAGCCCUUCUCUGAACCCUCUCUAAGGUAUCAAUAUCCUUCUGAAGAUACGGUCUCCAGUACUGUGUACAAUACUCCAAGUGAGGUCUCACCAGUAUUCUGUACAUUUGGCUUAUCCCUCCUGGAACAUCAACCCUGUUACAUAUCUUAGUAUCAUCAGCAAAAAGACAUACCUUACCAUCAAGACCGUCUGCAAUAUCACUAAUAAAAAUGGGUCCAAGUACAGAUCCCUGAGGUAUCUCACUGGUGACAAGUCCAAGCUUUAAAUAUAUUCCAUUAACUACAACCCUCUGUUGCCUGUCACUCAGCCACUGCCUUACCCAUUCAACAAUAUUGGCAUCCAAACGUAAAGAUUGCAGUUUAUUGAUAAGCCUUCUAUGUUAAACAGUGUCAAAUGCCUUACUGAAAUCUAGGUAAGCAAUGUCUACUGCACCAUCCUGAUCUAUAAUUUUAGUUAUCCAGUCAAAAAAAUCAAUAAGAUUAGUUUGGCAUGAUCUCCCUGAAGUAAACCCAUGUUGUCUCUGAUCUUGAAAUCAUGUAUUUUUAGAUGUCCAACAAUCCUAUCCUUUAACACUUUCCCCACUACUGAAGUAAGGCUUACUGGCCUAUAGUUGCGCGACUCCUCCCUAUUACCUUUCUUGUAAAUGGGCACAACAUUCGCUAACUUCCAAUCUUCUGGGACUACUCCUGUUAACAAUGAUUGGUUAAAUAAAUCUGUGAGGGUACGAUAAAUGGUGAAUCAGGCAAAAUUUCCCCGCCUCCUUCUUGGGCACCACCCCGAAGGGAGACACCAGCAAGUUGGACAAUGGAGGGGCCUCGAACGGCCCCGCCACCCGCCCUAGUGAAACCUCCUUCCGGAGCUUUUUGAGGACCACAUCAGGAAAAUCAAACACCAACUUCAAGUUCCAGACUGCCCCGGAGGAGGGGCGCUACGAGAAGGGAAUCCAAAACCCCUGGGUAAACCCCUCCAGCAGCAAGCCCGCGGCCCGGCGGUUCCUAUAACGGCCGAGCCAGGGGCGCAUCACGUCCACGGCCACUGGCGUCUUCGCCCUUAGUCCCCACGUCGCCUUUGUCCCCAGACUUACCCAGCUUAAAGCAGUGGGAUGCCGAGUGGGCACACCUGCAAUGGGAGCGUUCGUGUUUAAAAUGACAUGUCGCGCCCCACUUGCAUUGGCUGUCAUUGAACUUCCAACAACAGCCCGGCCGCCUGUGUGAGGCCGAUGAGGCCCCCUCACCCCCAAGAAAGGACGACGUCCUCCCCUUGGUGUGCCGCCAGGCGAGUCAUGAUGGACAGCCACGGGCCAAUGUCUAUCUGAUCCCAAGAGAUAAAGGGGCAGACAUCGAGCUGCUGACUAAAUUGUUCAUCAUAGCGCCACCAACCCAGGCAGCCACAGGUCCGACACCAGUUCCAAAUGGUGUCCUGAUAGCAAAAAAGCGCCGAGCAGUUCUGGGGAGCCUUUUCCCCAAUCACGCUCGCCAAAAUGGAAAACGCUAGCACCAAGAUCCCGAAAGUUUUCUGAAUCUUCCUGUAACGGAACUUAUCCUUAUCCUUGUCUGACUCUUUCCCCUUCUUGUCCCCCGGAGGAGGGGCAUCCUCCAAGGGCAACAGGGAAAAUAUCUCCACGAAUUCUCCUUUCCAGAUCUUGUCCCUGACCUCGGGCUUUAGAUGUAAGCCCAAGGGACCCGACUAGCACAUAUAUGCUGCCCCUCUAGCCACGUCGGCGACGCCUGCUGUACUAUCAAGCACCCCCCCAUCGUCACCCCCCCCAUGGCCGCGGCAGGCACGGGAGGCGGAGUCGCAUGAACGCUAAUCACCGCGCCAGGAACCGAACUCGCGCCCCCUCCCGUAGCCGAACCCGCCUGGGACAACGGAGGGGACCAGACUGAAUGCAGCUGACCAUCCAACCCAUGAGAUCCCUGCACUAGCGCCAAUCGCUCCCACUGGGAAAACAGCUCCCGCAGACCCGACAUGAACCCACCCAGCGUGGAUGCCCCAGCAAGCGCAGGAACAUGCGCAGGAACAUGUGACUCACCUGGCGGUGCCCCAGGACCCGCUGGCGACACCAGAGCAGCAGCAGAAACCUGUAAAGAGGAUUCCAUGGUUUGAACAGCAGUGUUCAUAUUCACCACAGCUCUAGGCGCCAUCUGGUGGAUGGAUCCGGCAACAGCACCAAGAGCCUGAGGAAGCAGUGAAGAGAUUGUGAGCCCACGCCCCUGCACAGGAGGCUGCCAAGACAGGUAAGUAGGGGGGGGGUAAGGAGGGGACCCCAGGGGCAGGUGGGACCCAGUGGCCAGGGGAGAGAAGGACAUAGGGGGGAGGAAGGCAGAGUAGGAAAGAGGGAAAGGGGGGGCAGGAGAGGGGAAAUAGAGAGAGGGAGCAGGGGGGAAGAAAAAGGACCAGAAUAGGCCACCAGGAGUGAGGACCUGCCGGGGGGGACCCCCGGGCCUGAGAGAAAAGGGGGGGCAGUAACGGGAGGGUAGACAGGCUGAAUGGGGCCCAGAGGCCCAAGGACCGUGGGGGACACCCCCACCCCCAAAGAUGACCGGGGGGGACACCUGCCCCGCGGACCCCUCAGGGGAGGGAGAACAUGUGAGGGGGAAGGGAGGGGGGGGUCCAUGAGGGCCAGAAAGCUCAGAAUGAGGGGAAGAAACCCCCCCCCACCAGACGGCAGUGGGUGAGGCCCACUCCGCGUGGCCCGCAGGGGCCUACUCACCACUGCAGGGCUGA